AGAUUAACUGCAUGAGAGGGAACAAUUCCCCAGGAGAGAGGCCUUUAUUGCAGCAAGAGCAGAUGGAGCCAUUUCCACAACUAAAUGUGAAGGCCCCAGAAAGCUGGAUGUGUGAGUAAAGAGCCUAACCUUAAUUUAUAGGUUUAGAGGAAUGCCAGAGAUUUAUUUAUGUCUGAGGGGUUUUGUGCUUGAACAUUCUUCCUCAGAAUUCUGGACAUCUAUCGCGAUUAUUUUAUUGUUUCCAGCAUUUAGGCCUCGCUUUCUUAAAACAAGAACAAAAAAACACCCUAAAAGGUGCCUCAAAGCGACUUACAACUAUAUAAAAUCCGAACAGUGUGUGUGUAAAUCAUUUGAAAUCAGAUACGUACGAUGAAAAUGCUAUAGAACAGAAAUUUCUAGAGCCCCUUGAAAUAGCAGUAAGCGUUUCGUUUUAAAAUACGUGUGUAUCGCGACAUUUUUUGGAUCGGAAGUAAACAUGCAUUUUUUCAAAUUGGUGUUAAAAAGGUGCUUCUUUGUACAGGGUGAGUCCUUUAAAAGAGGCCCCGUGGAUACAGAGUACAGUGGUAUCUCAGGUUACAUACGCUUCAGGUUACAGACUCUGCUAACCCAGAAAUAGUGCUUCAGGUUAAGAACUUUGCUUCAGGAUGAGAACAGAAAUCGUGCCCACGGCGACGCAGCAGCAGGAGGCCCCAUUAGCUAAAGUGGUGCUUCAGGUUAAGAACAGUUUCAGGUUAAGUACGGACCUCCGGAACAAAUUAAGUACUUAACCCAAGGUACCACUGUACACAUGUUCCACGGGGCCUCUUUUAAAAGACUCACCCUGUACAAGACAUGAAAAGGCCCCUUUGAGUUUACUGUUGCCGCCAGCGAAAAGGGAUCCUUUAAAAAUGUCCCAUGCCAUCUCUUAGCUCAGGCAGACUAGUCCUCAAAGUAACCGCCCCCCAGUCCAUGCUGCAAAGCCCCACAGCUUUCUGCACAUGCUCAGAACCACUCUUUUCUUCUGUAUUCCUUCAAUAUAGUCCAGGGACUAUUUCAAAAAAUUAAAUAACAUGAUGAGUGUUCACCAGCGGUGGCCUAACUUGGAGGGGUUUUCACAGUGACAACAAGUUCUAACAAAGGUAGACAUAAAUUGUUUUCCUGAAAACUGUACAGUGGUGCCUCUAGUUACAAACUUAAUUCAUUCCAGUGGUCCGUUCUUAACCUGAAACUGUUCUUAACCUGAGGUACCACUUUAGCUAAUGGGGCCUCCCGCUGCCGCCGCACGAUUUCUGUUCUCAUCCUCAGGUAAAGUUCUUAACUUUACUACUUCUGGGUUAGUGGAGUCUGUACCCUGAAGUGUUUGUAACCUGAAGCGUUUGUAACCCGAGGUACCACUGUAUAACUUUGCUCCUGGCUUUUCAGAUGCUGCAAGACUACAACUUCCAUCAUCCCUGGCCAUUGGACAUGUUGGCUAACAGUUGGGAGUCUAAUACCAUCUGUCAUCUGGGCCGUGUCCAGAAAGUGGUGGUGGGGGAUGAGUGUUCAGACCCCUGGGUCCUCACUUGUGGGGUGCCUCAGGGUUCUGUCCUCUCCCCCAUGCUUUUUAAUAUCUAUAUGAAGCCGCCGGGAGAGAUCAUCAGGGGGGUUGGGCUGGGUAUCCAUCAGUAUGCGGAUGAUACCCAGCUCUACCUCUCUUUCAAAUCGGAACCAGUGAAGGCAGUGAAGGUCCUGUGUGAGUGCCUGAAGGCGGUUGGAGGAUGGAUUGUGGCUAACAGAUUGAGGUUGAAUCCUGACAAGACAGAAGUACUGUUUUGGGGGGACAGCGGGCAGGUGUGGGGGACUUCCUGGUCCUGCAUGGGACAACUGUACCCCUGAAGGACCAGGUGCGCAGCCUGGGAGUCAUUUUGGACUCACAGCUGUGCAUGGAGGCACAGGUCAAAUCUGUAUUCAGGGCAGCUGUCUGCCAGCUCCAUCUGGUACGUAGGCUGAGACCCUACCUGCCCGCGGACUGUCUUGCCAGAGUGGUGCAUGCUCUGGUUAUUACUGGAUUACUGUAUUUUAAUAUUUUGUGGGAAGCCACUCAGAGUGGCUGGGGAAGCCCAACCAGAUGGGCGGGGUAUAAAUUAUUACUAUUACUAUUACUAUUAUUAUUAUCUGGAUAGCAAUCUAUCAAUCUAUCAUGGAUGCUUUAGUUAGGAUUCCUGCAUUGCAGAGGGUUGGAGUAGAUGUUCUCCGGGUUCCCUCCCAACUCAAGAAGGACACUGACAAACUGGAACGUGUCCAGAGGAGGGCAACCAAAAUGGUCAAAGGCCUGGAAACGAUGCCUUAUGAGGAACGGCUAAGGGAGCUGGGCAUGUUUAGCCUGGAGAAGAGGAGGUUAAGGGGUGAUAUGAUAGCCAUGUUCAAAUAUAUAAAAGGAUGUCACAUAGAGGAGGGAGAAAGGUUGUUUUCUGCUGCUCCAGAGAAGCGGACACGGAGCAAUGGAUCCAAACUACAAGAAAGAAGAUUCCACCUAAACAUUAGGAAGAACCUCCUGACAGUAAGAGCUGUUCGACAGUGGAAUUUGCUGCCAAGGAGUGUGGUGGAGUCUCCUUCUUUGGAGGUCUUUAAGCAGAGGCUUGACAACCAUAUGUCAGGAGUGCUCUGAUGGUGUUUCCUGCUUGGCAGGGGGUUGGACUCGAUGGCCCUUGUGGUCUCUUCCAACUCUAUGAUUCUAUAAUUCUAUGAUUCUAUAAGUCUAAAAGGAUGCCAGCAUGGUUAAAUCAUAGAGUCUAGUGACUAUGAAAAAACAAACAAAUAAAGAGGACCAGAUGUGGAGGGCCAAAGGUUCCUCAACCCUGCAUAAGAAUAAGAAUAUGAAUAAUUAGAAUAAUAAUGAUUAGAAUAAUUAGAAUAAUGUUAAUAUUCCACCCAGCUGACUGGGUUGCCCUAGCCACUCUGGGUGGCUCCCAACAAGAUAUUUAAAUAAUAUUAAAAGAACAGUUCAGUUUUUAAAAACCCACAAACACAAAGGAAAGGGUCCCCAGCUACACACACAGACACACAAAGAGAAAAUGAAACUUGUAAAAAAUAUAAGAAAUAAUUAAGAUUAAUGGAAAUAGCAAUACAAUACAAUACAAUACACACAAUACAAUGCAUUGCCUGGAAGUCGUUCAUUAGGCAAGCGUUCACAUAACGAGUCUAGAAUUUCCGUGGAUUCCUAUGGAUACAUUUCUCAUCAGGGAUUUGCCCAGUCUCUCCGCACAUUCCUUCUCUCCGUGGUUUCUUCCCGCAAUGGCUGCAUCCAGCAAAAGAGAGAAACAGGAAAAACUGAAUUGCCCCACAUAUCUCUCCCACACUCUGAUUUGUCCAAUCUCACUCUCUUCCUGCCUGCAUGGUUUCUGCCCAAAAAUACUUGCUGCCAACCAGCAAAGCACAAACAAGCAAGGAAGUCAGGAAGUGGAAAAACUCUGGAUGUUCAGAUUUUGGAAUCUGUGGAGUGUGUCGCUGGGUUUGGGCACAAUUCUUUAUGUUUGGAUAAGUAACUUUUUGCAGAGCGAGCUGGCAGAUAGCAGGAUAUGUGUGUACAUAAACAACAGUGAGGCAUGAAAACAUACAAAAUGAACUAAUAUAUUGCAAUAAUAAUACAUAAGCGACUGUAGCUCAAAAAAACCACUGAACAAACUGAAAAUUCCCAUUCUCCUGUUUAUUUUAUGUGUUUUUAUAUGUGUUUUCAUGCUUUUGUUGUUAUGUAUUGCAAUCGUAUUUCCACUGGCAACGUUAAUUGUUUCUCAGAUUGUUUCAUCCUCUGAGCCCAACAUGUUGUGAUUGCUACAGUUGCAUUUUAGAGCAUCUGCAAAAAAAACACCAACAAAAAUAAUCAGGGUCUGAAAAACACGGGAGGAAGAAGGCGGAAAACAGUGCGAUGCAACAGUUUCAUAACUACGUUGUCAUGAGGAUCACCUGUAAAAAGUGAACAAACGAGGAAUGGCAAUUGCAAGAGAAAAGGUUUGGUGCAGAACACCAGACCAGAUUGCGUCUAUUGUCAAAUGCCCUUGAAAAGGUUGUCCUCCAAUGUUCAAACUGUCACAGCAGAGUUGAACAUUUUGGCAAUGCCUUGCUCCUGGUGGAUCUACAAGGAAGACAAUUCAUCUAACAUCAGAAGCCACUUACGGUUAAUCUCAGCUGGGAAGCUGUUUUACAGAUUGUCAAGAAAGGAAGUGUGAGAGCAAUAUGUUUUGCUGGUGUUUCAGAGUGCACUGAAAAUGGACAGUUUUGCUAAUACCUUGGCUUGCCCCAUUUCCUUCUUCCUGGCCACGUAAUUUGAACAUGGGAGGAAACAUGCGCCAUCCAUGUUUUAUCCGCCAUUCCCUCAUUGGGUCCUCAAUUUGAGGGGAAAGCCAUUGCAGCUUGUGGGCCAUUGCAAACACGGGAACAUUGUAGGCAAGGCAGAAGACACAGCCCCAGAUCAAUUAAAGCUACUUUGGCUGAGCCACAAAUCCUAUGUCAAGUCUUUUCAUGUUUUCUACUUGACUUGUGAUAAACCACAUCUGAUUCAUUCAUAACUUUCACUUGAACUCCAGCAACUACAAGGUGGGGGACCUCUUGCAGGUAGCUGGAGGAAUUUUUGUGGCUCUUGCUGUAAAAGCAGGCAGUGUCGUUUCUAGUAAUGGGAAAAGGGAGUUUUUAUAUAAAAAUCAAAGUGGCCCCUAUCAAUCAAUCAAUUGACAAAACUUUAUUGCCUUAGCCAUCGGGCAUAGCAAUCAGUCAUACACAUCAAUAACUAUAAACAAUACAGAGGGAUAAUAAAAUAGCGCUAUUACAUGUAAGAUUCCACAUAACAGCCCACAACUUUGGCUCCAGGAAACUUUUCCAGCAACAGAAACCAACAGAACACUCUAAUCUCUUACAUCUGUUUGGUGGCGGUAGGAAUUUCAUGUUUUUUAAAAUAAUUAAUUUUAUUGAAAGUUUUCAACAUAAGAGACAAUAAAACUAUUGUGUUUUUCCAUGUAUAACACGCCCCCAUGUAUAAGACGACCCCUAUUUUGGGGGAAUAAAAUUUAAGAAAAUGGGGGGAGAUGGCCCAGAGUGGUUGAGUUUUUUGGGGGGGGGGGAAUGCUGAAAAUCACUAACCAGACUGACACACGCUGACAACCGCUCGUGUUGCACUAGCCAACAUGCGUCUGCCCGCUCACCAACAGCAAACGACAGUCGCACGCCCAAUUGCCCAAGUGGCAGCCAAUCCACAGCAAACCUUGCCACAGUAACCAAUCACCCACCCUAUUACCGCAGCAGCAGCAAACCCAAGGCAGCACUUGAUGCAGCCACAAAUCACCCACAAUAUCACUGCUGACAAACUCCUACUCGCGGACGCAACCUAUCUCCCAUCCGUCCCCCCCAUGCACUCUCCGGGUAUAAGAGGACCCCCAUUUUUUAACAUUAUUUUAGAGUAAAAAAAAACUCGUCUUGUACACGGAAAAGUUCGGUAAUCUAAAAAAUAAUAAUAAAGGACAUGGCACUAAAGAGAAAAGAAGAUAAACGGAAGGGAAAGAAAGAGAAGGGGAGGGAAAUAUUUUUUAAAAAAGCAAUAAAACACAAUGCCAUAUGCAUAUAGCCCUCUGUCACAAUUAUAUCUUAAUUCUUAAUCCACACAUAGAGGAGUGAAUCUUCCCAGCUCUCAACGUUUUUUAUAAGUAGGCCAAUAAGAAUUUCUGGAUAAGAGGUGAAAUCUCUUCCCUAGCAGACUUAUACAGUGUGCAGUAAAGGAAAUAAAGCAUAACCCUCACUACUCUGUCCUCUCCUGUUCUACCACUUCUGUAGAAGGCCUCCAAGACUACGAUUCUAUGAUUUCUAUUGUUGGAGGGUCCAAUUAGACCCUGCCAGAGCCAUGACUCAUCUACCAGAUGCCUUCAUUUGCCAAAUUGAGGUUAGGGUUUCCAAUGCAAGCAGUAUCCGUUGCUUGGUGAACCACUCACACACACCCAGCUCUAAUUGGCCAUCUAAAUUAUAGCCUGAUUUGGCUACGUGGCUGUGCAUGGACUAUGCUGGUGUGGAUUGUAGAGGUUCAUUGAAAGCUAUUGCAGAAUACUGCCACUAGGCUGUUGGAGUGAGUGCCCAGUCACUCCUGUGUUGAAAGAGCUGCCAGUAUGCUACCAGGACAGUUUUAUUGUCUUGCUAUGGGCAUGUAUACAAAACAACUGGGGACAGGUGACCUCGAAGGAAUGUCUUACCUUGUAUACCACUGCCUAGUCACUUCAAUCAUAGACUCUCUUAGUAAUGACCUAUUCUCCCAAGGUUCAGCUUGCGUCCUCUGAGACCAGAGCCUUUAGCCUGCUGGCAGCUGCCCUUCGGAAUGUGCUUCCAAUGAACAUCAGGCAGGCCUCUACCUGAUGCUGUCUUCAAGCUCAUCUUUUCACCCAAGUUUUCUUUGAGAUCUACUGAUUUGUGAUGUCCCAUCCUGCCAAGUUCCAGGUGAGGAUGUUGAGAUCUUUCUUGGCUCUACUGAGUCAACAAUAAGAGCUCUCAGGUGGUCUCACUGUGGCACCGGCUCCAGUGUGGGUGCCUGUAUCACCGACAUUUAAUCUUAGGGAUGCGAGGUUUUUUGAUGCUGGGCUCUUAUAGAAAUGACUAAAUGUUAAUUCCCCUUCCCUAGGUGGAGACUUCUUCCAUCUAGGGUAGGAGAUCCUGUCGUAGGGUUUUGGGCGCGAUGCUGGAAUAAGGGUAUCAUCUCUGGAGAGAGGUUUUUUUUGUCGCCCAUGCCCUAUGCACGGGGAUGUUAUUGGGGUAGGUUAUGUAUGUUGUCGAAGCUACCAGCAUGAGUUUGACCAAACUGCGGGAGGCAGUGGAAGACAGGAGUGCCUGGCGUGCUCUGGUCCAUGGGGUCACGAAGCUAAUUCACAAAUCUGGGGACUGUCCCUGGGAAAUGGGGGUGUAUGGUAACCCUACAUUAAUGCUGCUUAAGGUUGCAAGAUUCAGUGACUCUUGGGCAGGGCCAGUGGGGUUAGCCCUUAGGGUAUCUUCAGUAGCUAUAUGGCUAGUUACCACUGGAUGGCAGUAGUCUAGGAUGGUCUUUUGUAGGAGAGGCGGGGCUGUUUCUUUAUUGCUCUGCUUCCUCUCUUGGGCUCUAGUUAGCACCAUGGUGGAUAUAUUGCACAUUAGUUCUGGGUACGUCCAAAGGCUCAGUGGCUCUCAGUGACAGACAAAUGGAGCUAGGUGUAGUGGGCAGGCUCGCUAACAGGGAAUUUCCUCCAAGCCAGGGGGAGGCAGGCAAAUAGAGUGGCCGGCCACAAGAGUUCAGUUGAAUUAGCACAAAGUGGACUUAGAUAGUUUCCUCGCCUCAAAAGCAACAACAGUCUCAUUUCUCAUGCUUUUCCAGGACUCAGAAGAAAGGAGGAGAGGGGAGACUAAGGGGUGAAGGAGCUCACAGUAAUUAGAGUAGAUUGCAGUCAUUCUGUAAUUCCGCACCGACAGCGCCGGGCCCUAGAGUUGGCGGUAUCAUCUGGUGUUCCUUCUCUGUGAAGCCUGUUGGCUGUAUGCUAUUCACCACCAUUUUUUUUUUCUUAAUGUUGGUGAGCUUAGAAAUUUUGGCAAAUAAAUAAAUUCAAUAUUAAAUGUCCUUAACCCUAGUGGCACCUUGGAGAUGAGCACAUGAUUCUUGUGGCAUAAACUCUGGGAGGCCAGAGCCCAUUUCAUCCAAUGCACCUGACACAGUGGCCUCUAUUUUGUGGAAGGUUAUGACUGAAUGGUUAUAGCAUUUGGCUCUUUGUUGCCAGGUCAGACUAAUGCAGAAACUCUUCUGGAAUUUACAGAAUUCCCUAGGAAGAGGGACUAACUGCCAAUCUAAUUUUAAUCCGUAGGAUAAGUUUGUCCAUUGGGUAUUUUCUGACUUGGACUUUGGUUCUGAUUUGGAGUUUUAACCUUGCUUUUAGCCACGUAUUUAUCUUCCUGGUGUAUAGUUCCUUUGUUGUGGCCGUGGCUAAGAUAAUAAAGUUUGUUGACUGAUUUAGCCUCUUAUCUAACAAUUCUCCAGGUAGCCACAGGUGAGUGGGUGGAUUUCUAUGCAGAGAUGAGCAAAUAAGCUGGCAGAUGAUGCUCCAACCCUCUUCCACUAGCUUGCUUGAUUUCAGCGCUAACUGCAAAGGAAGGGACUGGCAGAGGGAGAAUGGACCACUCCAUCCUCCUUAGGAACAUAGGGAGAUGCCUUUUACAGAAUCAAGUCAUUGGCCCAUCUUGGUCCCAUGUUGUCUUCAUUGACCUACAGCAUCUCUCCAGGAUUUCAGACUUUCUCAGCCUUACUUGGAGAUGUUGGGAAUUGAACCAGGGACCUAAUGCAUGCAAAGCAGAUGCUGUACCACUGAGCUGUGGCCCUUCCCCAAGUCCACUUGUCCCCUUGGUAGAGGAAGGCCACUUUCCCUUCUUCCACCAGUCCAUUUGGAAGAAAGCAAUUUUAUUUAAUUUUUACUAGCCAUCUAAGAGACUAAUAGCUUGCAUCUGCAUGCUGACUGCAGAGUCUUCUCCCUGUUUAGCCUUUUAGCAGGCUCGUAACUUUUGUGAGAUUGACUGACUGAAUUGAUUGACUGGUUUACUGACUGAUUGAUUGAUUGAUUGAUUGAUUGAUUGUAAAGACUACACUUUUUUUGUGAAUUGUUGUUGUUUUUAAAAAACCUCCUUCCUUAGGAGCAAUAAUCAGAUUAUUUGGUUUUCAACAGCCACCACAACAAUCAACACACACAUCUCAUUAAGAUGGCAAACAGGGCUCUGAGCAGACUUUCUCUCUUAGGAACAAUUAUUCUAAGCUUUAUUUCAUUUUUUAAAAAUUAUAGUUAUAUUAUUGCUUUCUUCCAUGAUGCUAAAUGCAGAUCACAUGAGACCUUCAGCUGGUCUCUCAUCCAGACCCUGCUUAGUUUUUGCAUAACUGUUGCAUCAUGUGGCUUUCAGCCAUACCUUAAGACUUGCAUAUAGACUACAACGAGAACCUAGGCCAAACUACAAGACAGAUCCUGACAUACAUCUGUUUGGAAAAUUAUGCAUGGAUGGGCUGUGACUCCAACAGACAGGGUCUAAUUUGAUUCAUCUAGUCAGCUCCGACUUGUAUCUCUGCCAGCCAGGACCUGCCAAGGAGGUCAAAAAGCUGUACUCAUCACUGUACUGUACUAAGAUACCUCUUGGUCAUCUUACAACCUAUGCAUAAUUUUAAAAUCGAUAAGUUUGUUUGGAAUCAGGUCUAUAUUUGUACUUUUCCGGGCUGCAAAUGCACUACACUGGAGUCUAUUAGCAAACAGUGAUGAUGCGCUGACUUCAAGGGCCAACCUACAUAAGAUGAAUGAGAAUUCAUUUUGAAACACACAUCCCAUACCUACAAUUCAAGAAGGUGUGUCCUACAUUGUCCAACUGUGUCCAGGUUCUUGUAACUUAUAUACAACUAUACUUAAGUAUAUAACAUUCUUGGUCCUUUUGGUGUGGAUAAAGUGGAUAGGGUAAGUGGCGCAUCUAGUUCAUCCUGUUAUCACAGUGAUUAACCAGAUGCCUGUGGGAUACCCUGGAGCAGAACCCAAGCACAAGAGCCCUCUUCCCUCCUGUGUUUUCCAGCAACUUGUAUUCAGAAGCAUUACUGCUUCCAGCCAUGGAGGCAGAACAUAACCAUCCUGGCUAGCAGCCUUCUCCUCUAUGAAUGGGUCCAGUCCUUCCAGGUUGGUGGCCAUCAGUGCCUCCUUUGGGAGUAAUAAUAGUAAUUUAUUUAUACCCCACCCAUCUGGCUGAGUUUCCCCAGCCACUCUGGGCUGCUCCCAAUCGAGUGUUAAAAACAAUACAGCAUUAAAUAUUAAAAACUUCCCUAAACAGGGCUGCCUUCAGAUGUCUUUUAAAGAUAGGAUAGCUUCUUAUUUCCUUCACAUCUGAAGGGAGGGCAUUCCACAGGGCGGGCGCCACUACCGAGAAGGCCCUCUGCCUGGUUCCCUGUAAACCUGACUUCUUGCAGUGAGGGAACCACCAGAAGGCCCUCGGUGCUGGAUCUCAGUGUCCGGGCAGAACGAUGGGGGUGGAGACGGUCCUUCAGGUAUACAGAACCGAGACCGUUUAGGGCUUUAACGGUCAGCACCAACACUUUGAAUUGUGCUCAGAAACGUACUGGGAGCCAAUGCAGAUCUCUCAGGACCGGUGUUAUUUUGUUUCAUUUCACUUCCCUAUUAAUUUGUAAUCCGCCACUCUAAAUUACCAUGCACAAGGUGGUUUACAGCAACAAAAUAUGCAACAAAGAAAGCACACCUUUAUAUAGUAAACUGACCCAAUACAAAAAGUCAUAAUAAAACAUAACUUUAAAAUGGAACAUCUUAUACCAGAUAAAAGUAAUAUUCAAUAAUCUAUUAGAAUAUAUUAAAAUUAACUCUCAAAACAUCAGCAAAUAAUAAUUAAACAGAAAUUCACUCUUAACAAUUACAAUAAAUAAUUACUAAACUAUGAUAAGUUAAAAAUAACUGCAAGUCACAAUGCAUAAAAUACCACAAUACAUACAAAACUAUGCAAUGCACAAAGAGGUACUAUUUUUUUUAUUAAAAAAAAUCUCUUCUGAAUCUUCCAGCAUUCAGCUUCACUGGAGGUCCACAUGUUCUAUUGUUACAUAUUUUUGUUAGAAUACCAGCAACUUCACAUACCAGCUCUUUAAGCAGCAACAAAUAUCUAUAAUAAUAUUGCAAAAAAAUCAGUUCCACUUGUAAUCCAAACACAUAAACCAGUUUAAAAGGUCUUUCACCUUCACUUACAGGUAAUUAUUUCUACAGGGCUGAACCAAAUAUCACCUGGGGGAAAGUUCCAUAAGCGGGGUGCCAACACAGAGAAUGCCCUGUCAUGAUUAAUAAUAAUAGUAAUAAUUUAUCAUUUCUACCCUGCCCAUCUGGCUGGGUUUUGGUACUUGGGUCCCAAAUUGUUUAGGGCUUUACAUGCCCUUGGAUUGGACUCAGUGAUUUGCCAAUAACCAGAGUUGGGUAUCUUUCCUAGUUUUCCUUUCAAGGUAGAUGGCAGGGGUCUCAUACUGGGGGAAACUCUGACAGCUCUCUUUAAAAUAAAAUAAAAAUGAAGCAUCACCUGCACUUCCCUUGAUAACAGGCCCUUUUAAAAAACAUAAACAACACCUGAAUCAUAGAAACUUAGAGUUGGAAGGGACCCAAAGCCAUUGCGUCCAACCCCCUGAAACUGUAAAAGGCUAAAGGAAGGGUGUGGCCUUCCAGAUGUUGUUGGACUCUCAAUUCCCAUCAGCCCCAGGCAGCACAGCAAAUGUCAGGGAUGAUGGGAGUUGUAGUCCAGCAACAUCUGGCGAGCCAUGGCUUCCUCAUUCCUGUGCUAAGCUUUGCCACUGCAUACUGUACCUGAAAGUGUCCACUCAUUUUCACAGCUGCCCCAUGUGUGUUCUGGGAUUCAGGCCCAGAGCUGGAAGGCUGUGCUCACUGACCACAAAGCUCUUGGUUGUCUAAGCUCCAAACCGCCUCCCAAAGGCUUUGCUCACCACAAAGUUCUCUGCUGUACCAGCACCAAACCACCAACUCAUGUCCGUCUGUAGGCAGUGAUGUUUUUAAGAGGCGGAUAUUGGAGUAUGGAGCAUCUUCUAUUGUGCCAACAGCAUUUGGGCAGGAAAACAGGUGCUACCCCAUCUCAAUCAGACCCAGAACCACAGUUCAGUGGUACAACGCCUGCCUAGCAUGCACAAGUUCCCAGAUCCAGUCCCCUCUCUCCAGGCAGGCCUGGGAAACCCCUGUCUGAAACACUGGGCAGAGUAGACCAUACUGAACUGAACAGGGAUGGUUCAACUCAGUGCAACACGUUUUCCUUAUGUUCAGAGAGCAAAUCUCCAGAAUAUUUCAGGAUGGUGUGUGUUUGCCACCCCCUGAGUGCUUUUGAAUGGGACACCUAUUUAAGGCAAUAGGAUCCACAGCUUCCUGCACAAAGGAAGCAGGCAGGAUCAGGCAGCUUUCUAUAAUUUCCGGCAGGAUCCACCUUUUUUUUUUUUUUUAACCCACCCCCAUCCGCUGCCAUUACAACGCUGCAGAGCUCAUACCCUCCAUUUUUUUUUGUAUUAUUAUUUUUUAAUUCUUCAUCCUCUCAGCGCUUAGCUCCCCUGUGUGUGCGUGUGCUUUGAAUUAAUCCUUUGGAGUGUUUGUGUAUGUUUUCCCUCCCCCGCUCCUUAGCCACACCGCUCUCCCCCCCACCCCACCCCCCACACACAUACAAGCUCCAUCCCUGAUUUCUGGGUGUGUUAACUCCAAUGUAGCUCUUUCAGCUCCGUGUGUGUGGGGUGUGUGUGUGUGUGUGUGUUCUCUCUUUCACCCCCCCCACCUUCUCCGCCCCCAGGCAUGAGAAGCUGCAAGAUGGUCCGGGUGGUUAGUGUUCUGGGUCUGGUGAUGCUCAGCGUAGCUCUGCUGAUUUUGUCCUUCAUCAGCUACGUGUCUCUGAAAAAAGACAAUAUCUUCACCACUCCCAAAUACGCCAACACGGGAGUGCCACGAAUGUACAUGUUCCACACUGGAUUUAGGUGAGUGCUUGAAAUACAUAUAUGUAUAUAUUUAAAUGUACAUAUAUCAUCUUCCAGGGGAGGAAAGAGCCAGUGAGCUGGGCGGAGGGUAUGCAUGCAGGAGAGGAAGGUUUAGAGGAGGGAAGGGUGUGUGUUGCGCGGGGGGGGGGGUAGAUAUUACUAUUAUUAUUAUGAUCAUUAUUGGAUCAACGCUCCGGGACACCCCCAUUCCCCACCUCUUCGCUUUUUGUGCCAGGAGUAAACCAAGCCCCCGCCCCUCCCUUUUAAAAAUCGAUCAGAUCGUGCAGAGGUGGGUGGGGGGGUUGCCUCAGUGGCCAGAGGAAGGUGGGAGGUGAGGAACCCCCGGCUCCUAUAGAUAUAGAUAAAAUAUGAUGCGGGUCUCUGACGAGAAUCAUGGUGGCUCCCUGCCCGGUUCAUGUAUAUUCCAUCAUGGGGCGAGCUGAUGGCGCAGGCGCCCUCUUUCCCCGGCUGGGGAUGGGGGAAGACAUCGGCGCGGCUUCCCCACCGUUUUGGGGGCGGGUUGACAGAUGCACAAACGCUCUUUAAACGCGCAGGGGGCUAGGAAGGGUCUCCGAUCGCUCCCUUCCACCAUUCCUUUUCUUCCCCCAUCCCCACCCCGGUGUUCUGCACUGCCCCGCAGGUCUGGUGAUAGAAGUGGGGGGGGGGGGGUGUUCCUUUGUGUGAUUGUGGCUUUCUUAAUUUUAUUUUAUAAUGCAUUUUUUAAAAAUCUGCUUGGAAGCGCUGCGCUCCCCACCAUCCCAAAGAAGCGCAGAUUUACUCCCCAUUUUAGCGCCGGCAGAUUAGAGGCACCCUCUUCUCUGCGCGCAGAGAUCAGGCCCGGAGAAUUAGGGGAGGGGAAUUGCAGGAGGAAGGUGGAUUUUCCAGGCAGGCGUGAGGCGGAAGUCGUGGAGACGAUUCGCAUGCUCUGCUGGGUCUUCCUCCUCCUCCUCUGCUGGUCCAGAGGCCGGGAAAUGCCCCACGGUGUGCAGACGUGGCGUUGCAUUGGCUCUUUGCAAAAAAAAAAUAAGCCCCUUCCCAGCUCCCACACAAAUGCUCCUGGGGGUGGUGGUUUGCUUGAAGUGGCCUCCUCCCUCUCAGAGUAAGAAGAGUUUUAAAAGUGAAUGGAAACUUGAGGCUCCGACGUUAUCUUUCGGAGGUCGCUGUCCAUGGUGCUGAAUUUGCAUCCGCUCCCGUUCUGCGCCCCUCCGCCUUCACCCCCUUCCAAGCUUGUUCUCCGCUAAUGAACCGCCCAGAUGCUAACGGCUUUGGCUGUUCAGAAUGGGGGGGGGGUGUCAAAAUCAGAGUUUGUAAGGGACCUCAAAUGCCAUCUAGUCCGACCUCGUGCUGAUGCAGGAAAUCCUGCAGCGUCCCUGUUCGGUGCCCGUCCACCCUCUGCUUCUAAUUAAGGAGAACUCUCAGAUCACAACAUUUGAAAGGGCGUACCAUUCUGUUUGUUUUCUACUUUUUGUGCGUAGGUGCUGCCUACCAGAGGAAGCAGAACUGGGCUAAAUGGCCCAGAGGUUUCGACUCAGUACAAGGCAGCUGGAUACCUUAAUCUAUAUUCUGUGCAUAGGUCCCACUUGAAAUUGCUUUUGCAUGUUGUCUUCUCCAUGCUGCCACUUUAAUAAAUAUAGUGUUAUGUAACCACAAUGCUGAGGCUGCUUCUGGUGGCAUCGUCUGCUGUCUAGACUAAUGUGUAGACUGGCUCUUAAUCAUUAGAAAAUUUGAAGUAUUGGGGAAAAUUAGAGGCUAACAGCACAAUCAGAUACAUGUCUUCUCAGAAUUAAGUCUUCCAGAGUUCAGUGGGACUUACUGUUGUUUAGAGUUGCAGCCUAAAAUAUGCUUUACAUCAGGGAUUGAGAAUCUGCUGUUGGAUUCCAGCUCCCAUUGGCCCCAUCUAGCAUGAGUGAUGGAAGUUGAUGUCCAACAAAAUCUGGAGGGCACUAUAGGCUUCUCGUCCCUGUUUUACAUGUUACAUUUGUUCUAGUCACAUGUAGAUAGAAAGUAUGAUGUACAACCCAUCAGGUGAGAUGGCACAUUUGCAAAGCUAAGCAGGGUCCGGUAUGGUUUCAAAUUGGGUGGGGGACUGCAUGUUGAGAUUCCUGCAUUGCAGGGGGUUGGCCUAGAUGACCCUCAGGUCCCUUUCAACUCUAUGGCUCCCUGUAUGCAUGCAGCAAAAUGCUUAGGAAGGACUCUAGCUCAGUGGUAGAGUAGCUGCUUUAUUAAAUCCCUGGCGUCUCCAAGUAGAGAAUGGAAGAUACUUCUGUCUGAACAACCCUGAAAAGCAACAAUCAAUCAGCAUAGAUAAUACUGAGUUAGAUAGACCAGUGGUCUGGCCUAGUAUGAGGUAGCUCCCUAAAAUACGUUCAGGUGAGAACACACAAACAAUGAUCUACACACAGGUUUCAAGCGUUUUCAUCAAUGGAAAAAAAAAAUCUCUUUUUUUUAUUCCAUAAAAUUUAUACACUGCCUGAGUCUAGAAAAAGCUACCACAAAGCGGUUUGCAAAGAUAAAACAGAAAAAUUGAGGGGCGGUAAUUACAGCCGUAUUUACAAAAAGUUAAAAACUUAACAAAAGUACAGAGAGGAAGAAGGGCCAGUCUGCAGGGGAGUUUCUCUUACAGGUUCUAAAGAUCUCAGGAAUCUGCUCUGCAGUUGCCGGGAGUAGGGCUUUUUGAGUGUGGCUUCCUCUGUUCUGUGGAAUAGCAUUUGCUGCCAUGAUAUGACAGACAAUCACGAUCUGCACUUUCUGGAAACAGCCGGAGACCUUUUUGUUCUGAUAGGCUUUUCCAGCUGGAUGAAUGGACCUUUACUUUGUUUGGUUUUAGUUUCUUUUUAAAUGUAUUUGCUGUUUUUCGCUUUCAUGUACAUCACCUUGAGAUUGUUGUUUUGAAGGCAAUUGUUAAUAAUAAUAAUAAUAAUAAUAAUAAUAGGUGGGGCAGAAGAAGCAGUAGAGCAGUGUUUCCCAACCUUGGGUCUCCAGCUGUUUUGGACUACAACUCACAUCAUCCCUAGCUAGCAAGACCAGUCAGGGAUGAUGGGAAUUGUAGUCCGAAAACAGCUGGAGACCCACGGUUGGGAAACAGUGCAGUAGAGGAAUAGGAGAGCAUGAAGCACAUGAAUUCCUGGGGACAAGGAGAAGGCCAAAAAGAGUCUAAAGGAUUAAAAAUGGUAGCAAGCAUAGUUUCAGGUCUCUAGCAUGCCUGUAGCAUUCCAUAACAUAUUUUCCUCCCCACAACAUAUUAAGUGUAAGAUUACAUAUGUAGCAGGAUCUAACAGAUCCUUUGGGCAACAGGAGCAAUGCUUUCGAACCCUCUUCCUGUGGGGGAAGCCUCUCCCAGCACACGUAUGAACAGCAUGUCAGGGAGAAUGAACAACUUGCCUCUAACAUUUUCUCCAGAUUCUCAUCUGGACUGGGAUUUGGUGAGAUAUGUACAACCGAGCAUGUUUAGAUUCCAAGCGUAAUGUGUCACAGAACAUAUCAUGUCUAUUUGAUGGCGGGGUGUCCUUGAAGACUGGUUUGCACUUCAUUCUAGACUGUAAUAGAAUAGUUAAUUUACUCCUUCAAGCUUCGAGUGAAUUCACUGACGGUGUGGAUAUGUGAUCCCUUUCAGGUCCCAGUUUGCACUGAAGUUCCUUGACCCUUCCUUUGUACCCAAUACAAACGCCUUGAACCAUGAGAUGCAGGAUAAGGCUCCCAAAUGGACAUUCAACAGAACGGCAUUUUUGCAGCAAAGGUGAGUGAGAACGAGGCAAAACUAAGCCAUCAAGCCAAAAGCAUGUUGUCAUGCUUCUUUAAAAAAACAAAGCAAUCACAGUUGUUAUUUAACUAAUUAUUUGGCAACAGGUAGUAUGUGGUCUUGGGAGUUUUAAAGAUCAACCAGCCAUAACAGUGAUCUAUGAAUGAACGAGCAGUGCUUUGAGAUGGGGUUCUGUGUUCAAAAUCAGAACUUCUGCUUUUCUCAAAUGUUCUCAAGUGCUUAUACCAAUAAACGCUAAGCCCUUCCUAUUUUGAGAAGGCAUGUUUUUACCACAGACCUGUCGCUGAAGAUGUGACUUGUUUCUGAUCAGAAUGUGAAAGUUGUAUUCUAUUUCUUUCUCGCCUCCAUGGCCUCCUAGCAACCCUGGCUCCAGUGGCAGGUAGCGUGGUGGUGCAGAAGUGCUUACCUGACCUCCAGUCCCAGCAAAUGAGUUUAUACCGCUUGCUGGGAGGGAGAGUGCCAUGGCUGCAGAAAGGGCAGCAUGGUACAUACACGCCAGCAGGUACAUUAGAUUGGCACAGCCAGGGCGUUUGCAUUGCACCAGGUUUGUCGCAGCCUCAUCCGAGCCCUCCCAGUAAGCAGCGACAGCUCACCUGCCGGGAGGUCAGGUAAGCACCAACUCCCCACCAUGCCAUCUUCUUGUCUGACCCCCGUUACACGCUCAAUGUGAGACCACAACAAAACUCUGCUUGCUGAGAAUUCUGAAGUCAACAGAGAAAGUUGAAGGAGGAUAGAAAUCAAUUGCGCACUGCAGGAUCCGACUGCUUUCUCCAUCCAGUGAUGUGGGGUAUAAAAUUUCCCAGGGCUUUCUUUUUCGGUGGGAAAUUUUCCCUUCCCGAAGUUCAUUAGUAUCAAUGAAUGGAUUCCAGAUGCGAAUAGAAUAUUAAGCAAGCUCGGCAGUUUCAAAGAUGUAAUUAAUACUUGUCCGGUGAUUAUCCCCCGCGAGUAUGUGAGUCAGCGUAUAUCGUGCGCAAUUCUUUGGGUUUCUAACAUUUAUUAGUGCGUCAACAGUUUUCAAUAACUUCGGGGAGGUCCCUCAGUUUUAAAUGAUGUAAGAGAAGCACACGAUCUUGUCUUUGCAAUUUUUACAAGUAUUCAAAUAAUACAUAAUUUAAGCUGUGCCCUUAUUUCUUCCCUUCAUUUUUUUGUGGGGAAUUGGGACAAAAAUUAACAUGGGGUACUUUUUUGAGGGUGGGGGCUUUGUUUACUAAAUUGGGGGGGGAUAACAUGCUAAAUUAAAUCACUUGCUCGCACAUCAGAAAACUGUCAGGUACAAAUUACCCUGUGCAAGUUAGCUUAAUAUCCACAGGAAACAUUUCCAAAAACAUUUUCCCAUAUUAAUUUUUUGCAAAAGCCCACAUCGCUAUAUCCAUUCAUAGUUUGCCUCUCCUUACUUCUCUCUGUCCACUAAUUUCCCCAAGGAGCUUAGAGGGGUUAAAAGGAGAGAGGGCAGAGGAGAUAACCAUUGAUGAGGAAAGGUAUCCUUUCCAGUGUAUAGGAAAUGGGUCUCCACCCCAACUUUCUCUUAUCUUUUGGCCCAGGAACCUUCAGAAUUCUUAGCAAGCAGAGCCCUCACAUUAUUGGGAAUGACCUUGCUCAGUUGUAGAGCAUCUGCUUUGCAUGCAGAAGGUCUCAAGGUUCAAUCCCUGGCAUCUUCAGGCUGAGAAAUACCUCUGUCUGAAUCCUGGAGAGCUACUGCCAGUCAUUGUAGACAAUACUGAGCUAGAUAUGCCAAUGGUCUGACUCUGUAUAAGGCAGCUUCUUGUGAUCCUAUCUAAACCAUCUUUCCUCUAUGCCAAGAGCACACAACUCCUGCACCCGGUUAUUGCAUGAUAAAACAAAAUAAUGAAAAUGCUCUUUAUUCCUGCUGUCUUUUAUUAGUUUUGUUCCAAGUUUGUUCCGAGUUUUACCAAAGCGGGCACUGUUGUCUAAUAGCUACCUGUUCUGUCUGAAAUAUAGACUGGGAUGAGACAGCUGUGCUGCAGUGUUAAAAAAAAAAUAAACUACAAAUAUAUUGGACCAACUGAAUGGGCCAGCGCAGGCAGAAUGUAGGCUUAAUCUGCAGUUAAGUACCGUAUUUUUUGCUCUAUAAGACACAUUUUUCCCUCCUAAAAAGUAAGGGGAAAUGUGUGUGCGUCUUAUGGAGUGAAUGCAGGCUGUGCAGCUAUCCCAGAAGCCAGAACAGCAAGAGGGAUCACUGCUUUCUCUGCACAGCGAUCCCUCUUGCUGUUCUGGCUUCUGGGAUUCAGAAUAUUUUUUUUCUUGUUUUCCUCCUCCCAAAACUAGGUGCGUCUUGUGGUCUGGUGCAUCUUAUAGAGCGAAAAAUACAGUAAUUGGGAGGAAGCAGCUAUGAGAUCAAUUUAUGAUGUUAUGUUUGCAGUUAUAUUUUGUUUUAUUCAUUCUUGUAAAUCAUCUUGGAAAUAUGAUUGAAGGGCAAUAUAUAUAUUUGUGUGUGUGUGUGUGUGUGUGUGUGUACAAAGCUGCAUGCUUCCUCCUCCCAACUCCUAUGUAGAAACAUAAGAAAAGCUCUGCAGUAUCAGGCCAGAUGCCCAUCUUGUCUAGCAUCCUAUUCUCACAGUAUCCAUCCAGAUGGCUAUAGAUGGGCUGGUGGAUACAGAGGAGUGGUAGGAAGCACUAGCUGGGGAACUCCCCCAAGAAACCCCCCAGGGAAGAGGACUCAGAGCCAGGGGAUCAGUGUUGGAGCAAUGAUGAGUGGUCAGAGGAAGAAGAGGGAGCAGGCUGGCAGGGGGAGGUGUCAGAAGCUGAGGAGGCAACAGGGUAUAGUGAGCAGGAAGAAGCUGGGGCAGAGAGCAGUCCAGAAUCAGAGGCAGAAGUGGAGGCUGGAGAGGAGUGGGAGCAGGCUGCUCCUGUUGUGACCAGUUCCUCUCCCCACUGGUCUCCCAGAACAUACAGAGGAAUGAAGAGGGCAGAGCAAAGAGAGACAAGGCGAAGGCACCUCAGGUUGCUGGAGAAGGAACCAAGAGAGGAUCCUUAGAGAACGGUGGGACAUUCAGUCCUCACAACUGCCUCGUUGGGGCAAGACCUACUGGGAAGAGUUGCUGUGACCACUAGGCAUGCACUGUUUUUGGUUUCUUUGAAUAAAGAGUUAACUUCACUCACCCCAGGUGUUUUAUUGCUGACCUGCUCCUGACAAAAGCCUGCAAGCAGACCCUGAGUGCAACCAUCCUCUCCUCUCUCGUGAUUCCCGGCAGCUGGUAUUGAGAGGCACACUGCCUUUGAGAGUGGAGGUAGAUAUGUAGUCAUGGUAGCUACUGUGUACCAUUGAUAGCCUUGCCUUCCAUGAAUUUGUCCAUUCCUCUUUUAAAGCCACCCAAAACAAUGUUUUAUCAGUACAUCUUGCGGGAAAACCCCAUAGCUUAACUAGCUUACGUUAUGUCAAGAAGUCUCUUUCCUGGAGCAGCCUGUGGAUGGGUGGAUUCCCUGGACCACCCUCUGUCAGGGUAGAAAGUAUGGAGAUCUGUGGGCAAAGAAUACCUGCCCUCAAAGUCGUUGUUAUUGCAACUGUGGAAAGUUUUGUUGUGAGGGGCUGAAAAGGGGUGUGUCGCGUGGGUAUAUCAGGGGGUGGAUCAGAAGAGGCCUCGGAUCCACAGGAUCCCAAGCCCUCCUGUUCCCUUGGCAUGCCCCCAACAAGGGAGACAAACUCUGCCAGUCCUGGAGCAGGCACAGUUACUUUCCUUCCCCUGGAAACCAGUGGAUUGAAGGGCAGAUUGGGAAACUUUCCAGUAUGGCCAACACAAGCCCAGUAGGGUUUAGUAAGUGGUGAUUCCUCUACCAAGGACUCUUCCUCCUACCCACUUCUGUGUAAAAAAAGGUAAAGGGACCCCUGACCAUUAGGUCUAGUCAUGGUCGACUCUGGGGUUGCGGCGCUCAUCUUGCUUUAUUGGCUGAGGGAGCCGGCGUACAGCUUCCGGGUCAUGUGGCCAGCAUGACUAAGCUGCUUCUGGCAAACCAGAGCAGCGCACGGAAACACCGUUUACCUUCCCGCUGGAGCGGUACCUAUUUAUCUACUUGCACUUUGACGUACUUUCGAACUGCUAGGUUGGCAGGAGCUGGGACCGAGCAACGGGAGCUCACCCCAUUGUGGGGAUUUGAACCACCGACCUUCUGAUCGGCAAGUCCUAGACUCUGUGGUUUAACCCACAGCCUCACCCACGUCCCCUCCACUUCUCUGUAGCAUUGCUCUAUUAAGAAUUACAUUGGCACAGACCUUAACCCCAGUUAAUGCCAGACCAGAAUUCCAGUUUAACCAGUAUGGCGAUCACACAGGGUCCCCGGACGUUUAAUGGUCUAUUGAUCCCUGUGCCACCACUGUGCUCGCUUCCCUGCUGCCACCAACCCAUUAUUCUCGGGUAAAACACUGAGUUCAGACAGCUGUUAAAAUUGAACCAAAUAAACAAAUUUAUUUUACAAACAUUAACAAGUUUAUGGUUUCUCUGAUAAUAUUCUUGUCAGUUUCUUAACUUUAGUUUCUUUACCGGCCUAUACCUUCCUAAUACCUUCUGACUGAUUAUCUCAACUGUUUGACUGACUCCUCUUAACAAAUUCUCUCACUCUCUCACAUCAGACUAGCCCAACCUACAGACUUAUCCUCUCUGUCUCUUCUAACUCCAGACUGACUUCUCAAACACCCUAACUCUAACUCUUAACUCCUCCCCUUGGGUUCCCAUUGGUUAGUCAUUUUACAAUUAGUUAACCCUUUCCUUAUGAACCCAGUAUGAUGUCACACACCUAGGAGGGCAAACGCUACAACCAGUAACCAAAUUAUGGUUAACAGGACUUUGUUAACAGUUGCUGCAGAUGGAUUUCUUAACUGGUUAAGGCAAGAGGGGAGGAUUUGUGCAGACUGAAAAGGGGGCUGCAGGAGAUAUCUGCAGCGUUACAGCUUGCUAUUGAUCCCUUAACCUUGUUUCAGAGGGAUCCGGCGCUUACAACCGCAUGAGCCCAGCAAGCAACAUAGAAUAACCUGGAAUCACAUAAUUUACUCAACCAACAGGCUGUUCAAACGUGUUAGAAUCAUAGAAUCAUAGAGUUGGAAGAGACCACAAGGGCCAUCAAGUCCAACCCCCUGCCAAGCAGGAUACAUGCUUUCAAAUCCAAGCGCUUUCUUCUAUGGGAGUGGACAUCUAGCGUCAAAUAAAAUAAAAUAAGAUGGAAUAAGGCACGGUGCUCUGAGGUAAAUGUAGGUAUGUUGACUGUUGAUUGGAUUAUAGUUUAUUUGAUCCUGCAGGGAGAAGAGGCUAGAAGUUGGAUUACAUGGCUUUUAAAAUAGGGAUGGCAAAAGGAAGCACAACAGCUUUGGGUUAGGAGUGUCAUCAGCUCAGCUUCCGUUUUGAUGUACCUUUGUAAGGCAGGCAAUGUACAAGGCACAAUACGAAAUUUCAUUAAGUGGGCAAGAGUCUAUUCAGUUUCAAUUUGAUUGCAGACUCUUCUUGUCAGUGGGGUCAAGAAUAUGCUGUGUUAUUUCCAUGGAACCUUUCUUCAAGUUUCUAUAUAUACUGUCGCACUAGCAAAUCCAAGGCAAUUUUCUGUCAGAUAAGCAAGUUCUAGAUCUUAUUAAGCUUUAAACAUUUCAGGCCGGCAAGUCUGUAGGUUGCUCUGAGGACCAUCAGAACAGAGCAAAGUGAGGUCUGCCUAAGUGAGGAAGGCAAAGCCGGUAUAUGCAAGGGAAACUUACCAACAAGCUGGUUUCCAGAUUCCCCAAUGUGUUGCAAACAUAAAUGUUUUUCAGGGGAAAUGCGCCACGCCUAGAUUGUGGAAUGGCAAGAUGCGCAGAGCCUUUGACUCAAUCGUUCCUGAGUACCCUCACCAUCACUGUGGAGUGCAUAGGUUGUUUUAUUGUAUUUUAAAUACUUUGUUGGAAGCCGUCCAGAGUGGCUAGGGAAACCCAGCCAGAUGGGCGGGGUAUAAAUAAAAAUAAAUAAAAAUUAUUAUUAUUAUUAUUAUUAUUAUUAUUAUUAUUAUUAUGCAAUGAAGCAGGAGACUUGCCAGCUAGAGGGCAGGUAUAAAUCUUGGUCUUUGGGGUCAGCCUAAUUGCUAUGCAAUGAGUUUGUGUAACUGGCUUCUAUACUGCUUACUACGAUUUGAAAAAUAGUUUUGGUUUAAAAAUUUGAACAUACUGUUGCACACCACGCCAGUCUCUGAACAGUGCAGAAUUCCAGGCGCUUACCCAGGGUUUAUGUUUCCUUUGGAAUGAGGAACAAUGGAGAUGGUGAUGUCUUUAUGAUACAUGGUUUAUUUACACAUAUAUACAGCCUGAGCCUACAAUGGAGGAGUUCACUGCAUUUAACAUCCCAAUAGGAUCUUGUUUCACCCAUAGCCAUAGCCUUGGAUGCAAGCAGAAAUCAGGCAUGCCUCUCCCUCACAGGAUUCAGCCUGCUUCUUCCUCCAGUUUCUAGCUUACACACACAACUAAGCUCUGGCCUUUGCUUUUUCCAACUACCAGCAAGUUGAGGAAGGGGGCCCACCCAUUUGCCGUCUGGCAUAAAGCCACUUCCUUUGUACACUUAAUGGUCCGUUACCUAGGCUGUCGCCUCACCAGGAAGGGAACCUAGCCAUUCCAGAAAUUUGAAUUCUUGCUUAAGUUUUACAACUUGAUGGAUCAAGGAAUUAGAAGGCUCUCGGCAUACAGCCUGCAAACCCCUUCUCAACUCAUAAGAGUGCGUACGCGCCGCUUGUCAACCAUUUUGCCAACCCUACUUUCCCCACACCUGACCCACCCCCUCGACUAUCCCCGCACAGCCUGCUCCAAGCCCCACCUUUAGAGAGCAGUUUCUGAAGUGCCUCCAUUAUAUCAUGCUCCAGCUGUUUUUAAAGCCCUAUACGGCCUAGGACCCUUGUACCUACAGGGCCGCCUCUCCUGAUAUGUCCCACGGAGGACCUUACGGUCUUCAAACAAAAACAUCUUGGAGGUCCCGGGACACAGGAAGGUUAGGCUGGCCUCAACCAGAGCCAGGGCUUUUUCGGCUGUGGCCCCGAUCUGGUGGAACACUCUGUCACAAGAGACUAGGGCCCUGCAGGACCUGACAUCUUUCCGCAGGGCCUGUAAGACAGAGCUGUUCCACCAGGCCUUUGGCCAAGGCACAGUCCUUUGGUAAUCCUCACAGAACUCUAGCCCAAUGGUUGCCAUGAAUUUGAUUUUGAAUUGAUUUUAAAAUGAACUGAUUUUUGAAUGCUGUGUUACUUUUAUUGUUGUUAGCCGCUCUGAGCCCGGCUUCGGCUGGGGAGGGUGGGAUAUAAAUUAAAAAUUAUUAUUAUUAUUAUUAUUAUUAUUAUUAUUAUUGGGCAAGGUGCUUCACAGAACAUUUCCCCCCAUGCACUGCUUGCUCCCUUAUUUGCCUGCCAUUCUGUCAUCUCGCUGAAAUUAGCAUGGCCACCUAUCAGCAGCCAUGCAAACUGCAGCGUGACGACAGACUUACAUUUUUAUGUAUAUAGGAAGAUACUGUUUGGUUUUUAGAAUGUUGUAAGGCACCUUGUGGUCUCUGAUGAAAGGUGGUCAAUAAAUUAAAUAAGUAAAUAAAUGAUUUCAUUGGUGGCUGGAAGAGGCGGGGCAAAUUGCAACGUGAUACCAUUACCAGAUGGGUAAGAGAUGUUAAACUUUCCAGGAAAGUUGGGAUGAACUCAACAGAAGAAUGCUGUUUUCAGUAGUAUUCCUCUUUGGAGGAAGAGCAGCAUAUGCCGGUAGCAAAUAAGUAAUGAAAUAGACCAGGUUGUUUAGUUUUCUCCUGAUGAUGAGUAAAUGGAAACCAUAAUGGUAUUUUUAUUAGCCUUAUUCGCUUUAGGAGAAAUUUUAAUAUUUGCAAAUUGACCUUAUGAUUCCCCAAAUAGAAUAUUAAGAAGCUGUGUGUCUGCAAAGGGGAGACAGCUGAAUGUUGCUUCGAGAUGCCAAAUGAGGAUACUGGAAGCACUCACUUCAAAACUUUGAGCGCAUUAUCGUUAAUGCCAUUAAAGAUGACUUGAGAGUUCUGUGCUGAUGAUACAGGGAAUGCGCAGUAAUGUUUCUUUGCAAAGCUCUUUCCUUCCCCCUGCAAGGUAAUAAUAUAAGAUACCUUUGCAGUUUAAUUCCCUCUGAAAGACUUAUAUAAACUGUAUUGCAAUCAGGUAGCAGUCCCAAACCAAAAUGCAUUAUCUUUGUGGUCUAGUAGAGGUUGACAAGCGUCGGUGGUCAGAGUCUCAAUUACGUUCAAUUACACUGGGCAGAAUUUUUAAGAAACCUUUUCUUUUUUUCUUUUUUUGCUGAAAUGCAUUUCUUAAAAUAAAAAAGUCUCUAAUCCUGGAAGCUUUUUCAUUAUAUGAGACAGUGAAAGAGAGUCUUUGCAGCACCUUCUUCAUAAGGUCUAGAGCAGAGGUGGGGUAACCUCAGGCCCAGAGGCAAGAUGUGGCUCUCCAGGCCUCUCUGCCUGGCCUCCAGAACUCUUCCCAGGUCACACCCCCUAACUGAAGCUGCUUCACACACUCCUUUAGUGUUUUUGCCUGACUGGACCAUGUCCUUAAGCCCUGACAAUGCUUCUUGGAUGCCUGUAAAGGCAAAGGGACCCCUGAACAUUAGGUCCAGUCUGGGGUUGUGGCGCUCAUCUUGCUUUAUUGGCUGAGGGAGCCGGCGUACAGCUUCUGGGUCAUGUGGCCAACACGACUAAGCCACUUCUGGCGAAUCAGAGCAGCACAUGGAAACGCCGUUUACCUUCCCACUGGAGCAGUACCUAUUUAUCUACUUGCACUUUGACGUGCUUUCAAACUGCUAGGUUGGCAGGAGUGGCUGCCCGUAUGGAGGAGGGGGGAAAAAGGGGCGUGUGAGUUUAUGUAGUGGGAGAUUAGCAGACAAACCUAACAAAUACAUAUUCUUGCUAGUUAGCAUGAGAAUAAUAAUAAUAAUUUAUUAUUUAUACCCCGCCCAUCUGGUUGAGUUUCCCCAGCCACUCUGGGCGGCUCCCAAUCGAGUGUUAAAAACAAUACAGCAUUAAAUAUUAAAAACUUCCCUAAACAGGGCUGCCUUCAGAUGUCUUUUAAACAGACAUCUUUUAGAAGAGACUAAGUCCACAGAGCUACAGUGGUACCUUGGUUCACGAAUGGCUUGCCUCCCGAAUGCCACAAACCCAGAAGUAAGUGUUCUGGUUUGCAAAUGUUUUUCGGAAGCUGAACGUCUGGCGCUUGAGUUCAGGAAGCUCCUGCAGCCAAUCGGAAGCUGUGCCUUGGUUUUUGAACCAUUUCAGGAGUUGAACAGACUCCCAGAACAGAUUAAGUUCGAGAAUCAAGGUACCACUGUAUAUUGCUGAGAGACAGAUACUCAGACCAUAGAAAUGCAGUUGGUAGAGAGGGCUCUGUGUGAUGUCAUUUCCCAUCAUCUCCUGGAAAGGAAGGAGCAUAUAGUACUUCCUGUUCCUCUCUCUUUCUCUCUCUCUCUCUCUCUCUGCCCUGUGCCUGUUUGCCUGAGAUUGGUUAUACUGUAAAUAUAAGUACCGUAUUUUUUGCACCAUAACACUCACUUUUUUCCUCCUAGAAAGUAAGGGCAAAUGUCUGUGCGUGUUAUGGAGCGAAUGCCUAUGGGUGGCGGGGGGGGGGAUCUGCUGCAGUCGUGAGCAGAGGAUCCAUGGUUCCCCUUCCUUCCCUCCUCCGUGGCUCGCUUUGAAACAGCAAAGCAGGAGAGGAGCCGCUUACACAGGUGUAAGCGGCUCCUGUCUGGUUGGCUGCUUUAAACCGUGCUCUCUGUCCCUCUCUCCUCCCCACUCAGCUUGCUAAAUAGCAGCAAAGCUUUUCAGCUCUCUAAGCCGGGGAGGAGAGAAGCAGAGCCUGCUUGUUUUAAAGGAGCAAAGCAGGAGAGGAGAGGAGCCUUCUCCCCUUGUAUUCCUCUUCUGCAUUAUUAGCAGCAUCCUUCUCCACACACCCCACGCAUGCUCCUUGUCCCUUGAGUGCUUUUCCUUCCCUCUCCACUUAAAACGUGGUUACAAAGCACGGAUCCACAUGGAUCCUCAGGAUUUUUGCAUUGGGCUACCCCAAACUCACCGUCAGAUCACAUGUCUGUGGCCACAGCAUGAACCACAAAAAUCAUACAUCCUCCACUGUUUAGAAUAUUUUUUUUUCUUGUUUUCCUCCUCUAAAAACUAUGUGCGUGUUAUGGUCAUGUGCGUGUUAUAGAGCGAAAAAUACGGUAUAUUGCUUGCAUAGAUUUUACUGCUACUGUUUCUGUGAACCAAUGCAAGAUUAUAAAGUAAGUAAAUCUUAUUUUUAUACAUAACUUUAUACAUUGCUGCCUGGUUCGUUGUUACGCAAGCUAAGAAGGGGGAAGCCAGCUUAUAAAGUGAGUCUUUGCAGCCCAGUUCCUAUGCUUCCAAUUUCACUGCCAAUAAUGGGAUUUAAAAACUCUGUUUAAUGCACACAUGUGGGCAGCUGGAGGGAUAAAUUGCAAUUAACAUAUCCUCUCCUACCCAUUAAAACCCUUCCCACACAAACUAGCCUAGUGCACAUUGCUCCACUCACUUUUGUCUCUGUCACUCUCAUGUGGCCCCUGGAAGGUUCUGAAAAAGGUUCCCCACCCACCUGGUCCACAGAUAUUAGGUUGGAUCUAGAGAUCACUCCUGCCAACAAGGGGAGAAGUCAGCCAAAGUUGCUUCUCCCACUUUGCCAAUGGGAUCACUAGCCUUCCUUUGUGGGAAGCAGCCUUCCUUUGCGAAUGGCAAAGUCUGGAUCCAGGCCAUUGUUUCUGAAGAAGGGAUCAGACCGACAGUAUUUUUGUUGCUUCUUAGCACAGGAUGGAAAGUAUCUGAUACUGGUGAAUUAUUUAUCUUAAUUUAUAAAUAGAAAUCCUAGCCCACAUUCCUCCAAAGCAGCUUACAGAUAAGUCUUAUGCAGAGUAGAUCCAUUGAAAUGAAUGGGCCGAACUCAUUAAUUUCAGUGGGUCUACUCUGUGUAAACCCUAUUUGAAUACCACUCUAUUAAAUCACGCACGCAUAUAUCCCAUAAUAAAAACUAAAAUACACACAUGUGUAUAUAUCACAUUACACAAAGCAUCCAAUUUUCUUUAAAGCAGCAAUGUUAGAAGUGGUAAUGGAAUAUAAGCACAUCCCCACAAAUAACAGAUCCAUUUAUGAUAUUCACUUUAUUUCUCUUCCAUUGUUUUCCUCCUCGUCGUCAUCUUCAAUUUAUUAAUUGUCUCCUUAAUAACUUUGUCAGUGCGAUAUACACUAAUAAUACAGUGGUACCUUGGUUCUCAAACAGCUUGGUUCUCAAACGCUUUGGUUCUCAAACUCUGAAAACAUGGAAGUAAGUGUUCUGUUUUUCGAACGAUUUUUGGAAGCAAAUGUCCGAUGCAGUUGUCGGCUAUUGUUUCCGGGGCACCUGCACCAAUCAGAAGCUGCAACUUGGUUUUUGAACAUUUCAGAAGUCAAACGGACUUCCGGAACGGAUUAAGUUUGGCGCUUUUGUUUUUACUAUUUAUUUUGUGUUUUUGUUUUUGAGGCUUUUUUGGUUAAUUUGUUUUUGUGACUGUGUGGAACCCAGUUCAGCUACCGAUUGAUAGAUAGAUAGAUAGAUAGAUUGAUUGAUUGAUUGAUUGUGUAACUGCAGAAAUGGAUAAAAGCCCCCCAUCCAAACAAUGACUAUCACCAGUGCAGGGAAGAAAAAAAAUAAAUUUUCAUUUUUAUCAUCUACAGUACUGUCUUACUUAUUUUAUAGUACAGUACAUUAAAUAUUGCUUUCAUUUUAUUGAUCAUUGGUCUCGUUAGAUAGUAAAAUUCAUGUUAAAUAGCUGUUUUAGGGGUUGUUUUUAAAAGUCUGGAAUGGAUUAAUUUGUUUUGCAUUGCUUUCUAUGGAAAAGCAUACCUUGGUUUUGGAACAGACUUCCGGAACGGAUUAAGUUUGAGAACGGAGGUACCACUGUAAUUAAAAACUGUUAAAAACACAAAGCAGCAAAUACAUUUAAAACAAAACUAAAACCACACAAAGGCGAUACUUGUGAUUCCAAAACCACAUGGCUUCAUAGGACUAUGGAUAAACAAAGCUCUAAUUCUCCCCUUGGAUUCCCAUCCCAAAGAAUCCCUUAAUACUGUCAACUAAACUAGUGGCUUCCAAAUACUAUACUCUGGAGGAACCCAGGAAUGACAUUUUCUGUCCCUUUGCUAUAAUUAAUAAAGUUAUGCCAGCAAAGUACGUAAGCACUUUGCAAGCCGUAGCGGUGUGGUGGGAGGGACUUCAUGGUUGAUCUGGCUUCCCAUUGCUGUGCAUCACUGCCAGUUACCGAGAAGAGGAGCAGCAAAGUAGCAAGGAUCUUGAUGGAAGUGCAGUGGAGCCCAUCCAAUGCUCUCACUGCUGUGCCAUCACCAGAAGUAUGGAGAAGCUUUGGCUCCCCAGACGUUGGUGAACUGCAACUCCCAUCAGCCCCAGCAAUGGCAAGUGGUGAUGGGAGUUGUGGUUUCCAUCUGCAGAGCCAGCGGUUCCCCAGACUGCAUUACAGCAUCUGAAGCUCCUACAGGCUGUGAGAAACAGUGUGCAGUCAUACACCUCUAUCAUAUGGAAAUUAACACUCAAGAGAGAAGGAUUUGUUAGUGUCAUAGUUGUACCCGCCCUGAGACCUGCGAAUAUAGGGCGAUAUAUAAAUUAUGAUGGUGAUGGUGAUGGUGAUGUAAGAGCCCUGCAAUAUCAGAUGAAAGGUCCAUCUCUAGCCCGCCAUCCUGCUUCCCACAGUUGGACAAGUAAGCAGAUGUCUUCAAAAAGCCAAUGAGUAGGGUCUGAAGACCUUAGCCGUCUCCCACUGGUGCCCCACAUGGAGUGGUGUUUAGUGUUGUGCUGCCCCUAAAAACAGAGGUUCCAGAUAGCCUUCGUGCCUAAUGAUAGAUCCCUCUAAUCCUCUUCUAAAUCUGUGUAAAGCUACUGGCCAUCAGCACAUCCUCUGGUAGCAAAUUCCAUAAAUUUAAGUGUUACUUAGUUAAUUAAACAUGUGCUAGCCGUAUGUUUAAUUUUGAUGAUAAGUGGACACACACACACACACCCAUUUCAGAAAUAAUCCACAGGAAGAGGGUUGAUUGGUUUAAUCCACUAGACAUCCUAAAACUAAUUCACUUUUGCAGAUGAAUCCUAGAUUGGAAAGGCUUUAGAGCCCAGUUUGCAAAUGCCCAGUGUCUUUGUUGGAAGCUUGUGCCCAUUCUAGGCACAUCGCCGGGAAAGUGGAAGUGCAGGGAAAAAAACACCCAGGAAAAAAAGUGGAGGAAAAGGAGGGUGCAGAUUUGCAUAUACUUUGUAUAUGGUAAUUUAGAUGCAAUUUUAGAAAUAAUUGGUGGUCGUCAGCUGAACGUUACUCAGAGUAGACCUGUUGAAAUUAAUGGACCUAGCUUAGUCAUGCUCAUUAAUUUCAGUGGGUUUACUCUGAGAAGAACUUAGUUAAACACCACCCAGUGACUAUAAUUUUAUUAGAAAUAUAGUAUUAUUGUGGGAAAGACUGUGACCAGUUGAUCUGUCUGCCUGAUCUGUCUGCUGUCCAGGUACUAACUGUUGAUGGUCAGCUUCAAGGCUCCUUCUCUUCUUUCUUAUCAUUAUCUAUCUUUAAACCGGACCUGAAUAGCUCUUCAGGUUGAGGACUCCCAUCGGGAAAGCGGUUUUACUCAACCUCCGGUCCCCAGAUGCUGUUGAACUGCAGCUCCCAUCAUCCUGAAUACUGGCUAAGCUAGCUGAGAAUGUUGGUAGUUGUAGGCUCCCCCCCCAAAAAAAAACCAACAACUGGGGACCCAAAGGUUGAAUAAUAAUAAUAAUAAUAAUACCCCGCCCAUUUGGCUGGGUUUCCCCAGCUACUCUGGGCGGCUUCCAACGGAAUAUUAAAAAUACAAUACAGCAUUAAACAUUAAAAACUUCCCUAAACAGGGCUGCCUUCAGAUGUCUUUUAAAUGUAAGAUGAUUGUUUAUUGGCUUGACAUCUGCUGGGAGGGUGUUCCACAGGGCAGGCGCCACUACCAAGAAAGCCCUCUGCCUGGUUCCCUGUAACCUCACUUCUCGCAGUGAGAGAACCACCAGAAGGCCCUCGGCGCUGGACCUCAGUGUCCUGGCUGAACGAUGGGGGUGGGGACGCUCCUUCAGGUAUACAGGACCGAGGCCUUUUAGGGCUUUAACGGUCAGCACCAACACUUUGAAUUGCCUGUGGGAAGCCUGCAAACUGGACAUGAACAACAACUGCACUCUGCCCACCUGCAAUUCCCAGCAGCUGGUUUUCAGACAUCUAUUGCCUCUGACAAUGGAGGUAGAACAUAGGCAUUGUGGCUAGUAGCCACUGAUAGCCUUGUCCUCUGUUACUGUCUUUUUCGCCCUAUAGGACGCACUUUUUCCCCUCCAAAAAUGAAGGGGAAAUGUGUGUGCAUCCUAUGGGGCGAAUGCAGGCUUUCACUGAAGCCUGGAGAGCGAGAGGGGUCGGUGCGCACCGACCCCUCUUGCUCUCCAGGCUUCAAGAAGCUAUCCGCAAGCCUUGGGAGCCCGCAGGAGUUCCCGCCGGCCUCCCACAGCUUGCGGAGAGCUGCCUGCACCCCGAAGCCUGGGCACGCUGAGCAGUCAUGCCCGGGCUUCGGGUAGCUCUGCGCAAGCCGCGGGAGCCCUCUCACGGCUUGCGGAGAGCAGCCUGUUCUGGGGGCUGGGGGAGCUUGGGCUUCCCCCGCCCCAGCCCCGCGCCUGGGGGGAAAUAAAAUUUUUUUUCUUUAUUUCCCCCCCAAAAAAACUAGGUGCGCCCUAUGGGCCGGUGAACCCUAUGGGGCGAAAAAUACAGUAAUUUAUCUAAUUCUCUCUCAAAGGCAUUCAAGUUGGUGGCAGUCACCACCUCCUGUAAAAGUGAGUUCCAUAGUUUAACUCUGUGUUGCUUACUGGAGGCAGGAGUCUGCAGAGAAGGUUACAUCCAAGUCAAGAAGGGCCAAGGCUGCAGACAGGUGGGCUGCCAUACGUCUGGAAUUUCCUGGACAUAUCCGGGAUUUGUCCAUUGAAUAUUAUUAUUAUUAUUAUUAUUAUUAUUAUUAUUAUUAUUAUUAAUUUGUACACCGCCCAUCUGGCUGGGUUUCCCCAGCUACUCUGGAUGGCUUCCAACAAAGAUUAAAAAUACAUUAAAAUGUCACACAUUAAAAACUUCCCUGAACAGGGCUACCUUCAGAUGUCUUCUAAAUGUCAGGUAGUUGUUUAUCUCUUUGACAUCUGGUAGGAGGGCGUUCCACAGGGCGGGUGCCACUACCGAGAAGGCCCCCUGCCUGGUUCCCUGUAGCUUUGCUUCUCGCAAUGAGGGAACCGCCAGAAGGCCCUCGGCGCUGGACCUCAGUAUCCGGGCAGAACGAUGGGGGUGGAGACGCUCCUUCAGAUAACAGAGGUAGAGCUGGUAUCAUGUAUAUUGAUGGACACCCAGUCCAAACCCCCUGAUGAUCUCUGGGCAGAAGUUUCAUAACCUGAUUAAAAUGUCAGGGACAACCUGGGUGCAUGGAAGCCCAUAUCAGAAGUGUUGAUUUAUUGGCAAUUUUCCUUUUAAAAAAAAAAGCUUUUAAAUGUCAUUUUAUUUGGAGAUUUUAUAAAAAAAAUUUAAAAAGCUUUUGUGUCCAGAUUUUCACAACCCUAAGCCCAAGUGUGCUUCCACUUACAUCCUAGGCAGUUGUGCAUUAUAGAUCUUAUGGAGCUUGGUUCUCCAAAGAUAGCAUAAAAUGUUCUAAAAUCUAAAGGAAGGAUGACAGAACUCAUUCUCAUGAAGUGUCUCCUUGUUGACUGUCGUUGUGGUUGCCAGCUAUGCUGAUACUUUGGUGAAAUUUUAGGGAAUGGAUGCAGAGUCAGUGUGGGGAGUGUGAGGAGAUUUGACAAAGGGGAUCAGGGAUGGCGAUAAGGGUCCAUUUCGGCCAAUACUGUCCCCAAACUUUUCCAAGGUGCAAUAGAGGAAUGAUCUUCUACCUUCCCACAGCUAACCCAAACCCUUGGGCACCAAGGGGGUAUCUGAGAACACUAUGAUGUUGCACAGGGUGGCAUUUGCCAGGAAAACUAGUUAUGAUAUAAGUGUGCUACAGACCUUAAUUAAUCUAUUAAUCAUAACAUCUGAGAGGGAAGCGUGUGACUAAAUAAGUUCACAGAACAAGAUGAGGUUCCAUAUCAAGUUAUGGGCUGUACAUAAUAAAUGGUUGGUACAUUGGCAUACUGAUGGUUCCUAGUGAUAAGCCAGAUUAAUAACCCUCUACUGGAUCAACCUGCAACAGGAGGGGUUUUUUUUAGAUACACCUGGAUAUUAGAUAUGGUGUGAUAUGUUAAUUGGAUAGGUGUGUGGCAGUUAAGUAAUGUACAAUCAAUAGUCAAUGUUCCUUAAGUAUGGUUAAUAGGUUUAUAAGUUCAGGCAUACUCAUAUUGUUAAGGGUAUUAUGUACUUCUUAGCUUAAUGUACUUGGCUGAUUAAGCAUUAAGAAUGAGGACUCAACCAGGCCACAUUCACACCAUACGUUUAAAGUACUUCAAACAGUUGUUGCUUGGCCCCAUAGGAUCCUGGGAGCUGUAGUUCACUAAGGGUGCUGAGAGUUGAUAGUAGACCUCUGUUCACCUUCCAGAGCUACAAUUCCCAGAGUUCCCUGGGGAGAGGGGUUGGUUUUCAAACCACUCUUGAGAAUUGUAGCUUUGGGAUGGAAAUGGAGGAUAAACGUCCCCUUUGGGGGGGGGGUCUUCUUAGCCUGGAGUUUUCCCCAAUGUGGUGUCUAUCAACAUCAUAGUGUUUUCAAAUACCCCCUUGGUGCCCGUCAGGGCCCCCUGCCGCUCCCAAUUAUUUUUAAAGGUUUCUUGGGCAGUCUCUAUGUUUUUGGGUGGGGGGCUGUUCGUUUGUUUUAUCUGUGUUUCAUUUGUUUGGUGGGCAUGCAGAUGUUUUGCCUAGUGUUUGGAAAGGGGGCUCUGAGCAUCACCAGUUUUUCUUCUAUGAAGUCGGUAUUUUGUAGUGCCCUCAGCAGUUCCUUAGAUUUCCAAAUGCGCCCUCAGGCUCAGAAAGGUGGGGUUGUGGCUCCUGCUGUAGUUUUUCUCUCUUUUCAGUCCGUGGAGAAGAACUUCCUUGUUUGUUCUGAAGGAACUUCCUGCUUCAUUAUGAAAUUGUUGUUGGUUUUUUUGAAAUCUUGCCUGGUAGACAAGUGUUAAUAAUAAUAAUAAUAAUAAUAAUAAUAAUAAUAAUAAUUUAUUUAUACCCCACCCUUCCCAGUUCAGAAAACCGGGCUCAGGGCGGCUAACCACAAAUUUAAAACACUUAAUUGAUGCAACAAAAACAGCAUAAAAUACAGUAUAAAACGUGAAUAACAAUAAAUUCGGAAUUCAAAAAUCAGUUUAGGGGGAAAUCCAUCCAAUAAACAUUAGAUGGUCACCAGGGCUAGCUGGCUAAAUUAGUUCUAUUUGGGCCAGCGAGGAGACCAGGGGAGAAUUUGCUGUGGGAUCCCAGAGUGGGCAAUCUUCAUAAAAAAGGGAAGGGGGGAAGGAAAGGGGAUAAAAGAUCAGGCUAAGUUCAAAUUGAAAGCCAGGCGGAACAGCUCUGUCUUACAGGCCCUGCAGAAGGAGGUUAAAUCCUGCAGGGCCCUGGUCUCAUGGGACAGAGCAUUCCCCCAGGUCAGAGCUAUCACUGAGAUGGCCCUGGCCCUAGUGGAGGAUAAUCUGACUUCCUUAGGGCCCGGUACCUUUAAACUACGAUUAUUCAUGAACCUUAAGGUGCUCUGUGGGGCGUACUAGGAGAGACGGUCCAAUAAAUAUGAGUUCAUUUACGAGUUUGUAAAUCACGAGUUAAGAGUUCAUGGGAGUCCAAGAUUUUAGGGUAGCUGUGACUGCCCAUCCAAAAUGUGAUCGUACUCUGAAGUACGCCUCCUCCAUGAGAGGUUUCCUUUGUGGAAUCCUUCCCCCGGGGAGACUUGUCUGGCUCCUUUAGGUGCCAGGCAAAAACAUUCCUCUGCCUUUUAAACUGUGGUAAAGGUAAAGGGGACCCCUGACCAUUAGCUCCAGUCGUGACCGACUCUGGAGUUGUGGCACUCAUCUCACUUUAUUGGCCGAGGGAGCCGGCGUACAGCUUCCGGGUCAUGUGGCCAGCAUGACUAAGCCGCUUCUGGCGAACCAGAAACACCGUUUACCUUCCCGCCGGAGCGGUACCUAUUUAUCUACUUGCACUUUGCCGUGCUUUCAAACUGCUAGGUUGGCAGGAGCAGAGACCGAGCAACGGGAGCUCACCCCGUCGCGGGGAUUCGAACCGCCGACCUUCUGAUCAGCAAGCCCUAGGCUCAGUGGUUUAACCCACAGCGCCACCCGCCUCCCUGUAUUAAACUGUGGUAGGGUAUUGUUUUUGUUUGUUACUGGGUUAUGUGUUUUUGUGUUCUCAUAUUGUAAACAGCCCUGUGAUCCUCAGAUGAAAGGCAGUAUAGAAAUUUAAUAAAUAAAAGCAAAAGCAGCAAAGACCCACCUUUUUAUUCCCUUUCUGACUCGGGAUUAAUUUCAUGCCACAAAACAAAUUCUCAGUAGGUGAAUAUUAUUAUUUUUUUAAUUACCCCGCUAAUACAAAUAAAUUAGUGAAAUGAAUGCCUUUUAUUUCACAAAAUGUUUAGACCACUUGAUUUUAAGGAGAGAAACCCUCGAAGCGGUUCUGUUACGUGCAAUGGGAAUUCAAGGAGAACGCAACUUAAAUCACUUUGAAAGACGCUAUUGGAGUAGUCCAAAUCAUUUGCCCAUGCAUGUGCACAGAAAAUAGUAGAUCUAGCUGAAAGGAAACACAUGGAGAUCUGCAUUGAUUACUGCAGUGCAUCCCUAAUUAUAAUUAUUAUAUAAGUGUUGUGUAAUCAAGAAGGUUCUGUAAUCGUAGAGGGGAGGGUGGCUGUGAGGAGACAUGCCUCUGUGUAUCCUGAAGGGAGCCUGUAUUCAUGAAUCUGCCAUUACACUACUUACUGCCUGACAGUCAUAGGGAAGGUAAGUUAAUGUAGGCCAGAUCAUGCGAUCUAUUUUCAGCUGAUAUUGACUGUGCAAUUUGGGCCUGUGUGCAUUGGAUUUUAUAAGCAUGUACAGAAGCUUGUGGAGUGAGCAGCUAGAAUAAUGGAGAGUAUUGUCUGAACCAAGCCCAAAUGUACUCUGUUCUUGGUGUCUAUCAGGAACGGGGGACCUUUGGUCCUCCUAGCACUGUUGGACUUCAACUCCCAUCAACCCCAGCAUAGAAAAUGGCCAAGGAUCAUGGGAGUUGCAAUCUUAGCAACUUCUGGAUGGCCAAAAGCUCUGCAUCCCUGUUGUAAAUAUUAGUAUUAGUAUUAUUCCCUGCCCUUCUUCAAAUGACAGGUUAAAAUUAAAAUAUAGUAUUAAAAACAAAAACAGACCACGAAACAAAAUGGAGUAAUCCUCAGUAGUAUCACCCCUGUUAUGCUCCCAAAGUCUGCUGAAACAAAUAGGUUGGAAGCUGCCUCCUGAAUAAAUAUUGUGUGGAGACAAUCUGAUCUUUACAGGGAGGGAAUUCCAUAGCCAGGGUGUCACCACUGAGAAGGCCCUGCUUCUUUUGGUGAAAGGUGCCAUAUUCCCUGUGGGCACCACAAGCAGUUCAAAAAAGCAGGUUGGCUGGAAUGGAGGAAGGCGCUCCUUCAAUUACAUAAUUGUGAAAUUAGCCCCUUCCUUCCCAUUUCCUCAAGGCAAAGAUAACAAUUCAACAUAAGAAGGAAGACCCAUCAUGUUCAUGAAAUGCAUGUUCUUUUAUUGUUCUAGGCGAGAAAUUCUUCAGCAUGUUGACGUGAUCAAAAACUUCUCCUUGACGAAGAAUAUGGUUCGGAUUGGGCAGCUGAUGCAUUACGAUUACUCCAGCCACAAAUAUGUCUUCUCCAUUAGCAACAGCUUCCGCUUGCUGCUUCCAGAUGUCUCUCCUAUUCAGAACAAGCACUACAAUAUCUGUGCUGUCGUCGGAAAUAGCGGCAUCCUUGUGGGAAGUCAGUGCGGGCAAGAAAUAGAUAAAUACGAUUUUGUUUUCCGUUGCAAUUUUGCCCCAACCGAGGCAUUCCAGAAGGAUGUCGGGAGGAAGACUAAUCUCACCACCUUCAACCCCAGCAUUCUGGAGAAGUACUACAACAACCUGUUGACCAUUCAAGAUCGAAAUAACUUUUUCCUAAGCCUGAAGAAGCUGGAUGGUGCCAUUCUCUGGAUCCCAGCCUUUUUCUUCCAUACUUCAGCAACCAUUACAAGAACAUUGGUUGACUUCUUUAUCGAGCAUCGUGGGCAGCUGAAAGUCCAGCUGGCUUGGCCAGGAAAUAUCAUGCAACAUCUCAACAGGUGCAUUUAACUCACCCCUUGAUGCUGUUGUUUGCUUUUGUUGUAGUUUGCAGCACAGUUGAGGAGCAGCAGUCAAGAAUCGAGGGGUUUUCAAGAAAGGCAGUGGGUUGUUUAUAAAUGUGUUCAUCAUCAUCAUCAUCAUCAUCAUCAUCAUCAGCCACUCUGGGCAGCUUCCAAAAAAAAUUAAAAUACUGCAAUACAUCAAACAUUAAAAGCUUCCCUAAACAGGGCUGCCUUCAGAUGUCUUCUAAAAGUCUGGUAGUUGUUGUUCUCUUUGACAUCUGGUGGGAGGGCAUUCCACAGGGAGGGUGCCACUACCGAGAAGGCCCUCUGCCUGGUUCCCUGUAACUUAGCUUGUCGCAGUGAGGGAACCACCAGAAGGCCCUCGGUGAUGGAUCUCAGUGUCCGGGUAGAAUGAUGGGGGUGGAGACGAUCCUUCAGAUAUACUGGACCGAGGCCGUUUAGGGCUUUAAAGGUCAGCACCAACACUUUGAAUUGUGCUCGGAAACGUACUGGGAGCCAAUGUAGGUCUUUCAAGACCUGUGUUAUGUGGUCUCGGCGGCCGCUCCCAGUCACCAGUCUAGCUGCCGUGUUCUGGAUUAGUUGUAGUUUCCGGGUCACCUUCAAAGGUAGCCCCACGUAGAGCGCAUUGCAGUAAUCCAAGCGGGAGAUAACCAGAGCAUGCACUACUCUGGUGAGGCAGUCCGCAGGCAGGUAGGGUCUCAGCCUGAGUACCAGAUGGAGCUGGUAAACAGCUGCCCUGGACACAGAUUUGACCUGUGACUCCAUGGACAGCUGUGAGUCCAAAAUGACUCCCAGGUUGCGCACCUGGUCCUUCAAGGGCACAGUUACCCCAUUCAGGACCAGGGAGUCCUCCACACCUGCCCGCCUCCUGUCCCCCAAGAACAGUACUUCUGUCUUGUCAGGAUUCAACCUCAAUCUGUUAGCCGCCAUCCAUCCUCCAACCGCCUCCAGACACUCACACAGGACCUUCACUGAUUCUGAUUUGAAAGAGAGGUAGAUUAAAUUUGUAGCCUACUUUUGUUUAACAAAAAAAAAAACAAAGAAGAAAUCAUGAUACAGUGGCCCAGUAACCACGUAAUGCUAAGCCAAGCCAUUACUUACAGUAGCACAAGCAAACAUGCAGGUUGCUGGAGAGCAGAUCAAGGGCACUUUGGUCCUGCUGCUACCCAGAGCUAAGCCAUGGUUUGGCUUAUUGCUGUGUGCAAACCCUGGCUUGUAGCUUAUCUCCCCCCAACAGACCAUGAGUGGUAAACCCAAGAACGAACCUUGGUUACAGAUAAUGGUUUGCCUCGAGUCUGACAAACCAUGAGCCCAGGUUCAGGUGUAGCACUAAGAGAAACCAUGACUUAACCCCUGUGGUAGGGGCAGGGAAGGAGUGUGGUAGCUGCCAUCUUUGCUCCUGGAAGCCGUACAUUUGCUCAUUCGCACUCAACAUUUGUGAACAAUUGUAGCUAAUCAAAAUUCUUAUUAAGAUAAGAUUGUCAGGUCUUUGCCGGUUUAGGUUGUUGGGUAAAUGAACAAGGUCCACAAACUCUCAGAAGCUUGUGGUGGUGAGAGUAGAGAAGUGUAGAGUACAUAGAAAUUGCCACCAGGAGCUACAAAAACAUAUCUAAACAAGAUGGGGGAAAACACAACCAGACUCAGGAUCAGGAAUAGACAGGGUGCAGCUGGGGCAGAGAGGAACCUACAGAUCUUUAGAUGUUGCUGAACUGCAACUUCCAUCAUCCCCGUCCAUUGGCUAUGCUGGCUGGAGCUGAUGGGUGUUGGAAUCCAGCAACCACAGGCACCCCAUCCCAGAUCUAGAGGGAAGCUUAGCCAUGUACACUGAGCUCCCCCAGAAGCUAAGACUUGACUAUUCUUUACAGUAUCAGGGAAUGAUCAUUGGGGGAACAUAGGAAAGCUGCCUCACUCCAAGACAUCCAGAUGCUCUCAUUAUCAGUCAAAACAGAAGUCUAGAUAGCCGUGUUGGCCCAUGAGAAAUAGUCCCUCUUGGGGCAGCCCCUUGAUUGGGCCAACCAAAAUAUCACAGAAGACUGAACAAGCUCUUAUAUUGUCGAGAUCCAUCAGGUUAAGUGGGGAAAAGAGCAGCCGUGUGGCUUAUCUUGAAGCCAUGAAGUCUGCAUCUGGUCACGGUUUUAAUAUGGAACAAGUAGCCAGCACUGGGUAGUGCGCUUUAAGUUGCUGUGCACAUAUCAGGGUUGCCCCAAAAGGUGAAGGAAGGCCCUUAAGCUUACCAGUAAAGGAAUCUUUGAAAAGAAGCACAGAAGACAAGAGCUAUCAGUGCAUGACAGCCUUGGUUGGCCAAAGUUUCCAUUUAGUACUGGCACACAUGUCAUCGUUCUGUGAACUUCUUUUCAAACACUCUCUUAAGUUUUGUGCAGUUCAGAUGCAAAUGUAUGGGUAGAGUUUGAGUUCCUGACAGAGCAGUCCUUGUGCUCUGAGACACAUGGAGCUAUAAUAAAGAUUUCCUUUGCCCCAGGUAUCAGCUGAGUCUCUCCCCUUUGGAGGGGAGGGGUUUUUGUUCUUUUAAGGUGCUCUUUCCCCUGUUUUCCUUGUGCCAUAGAUAUCACGUUGCACCAAGUGCUUGCUAGGAACAAGAAGUACAGCAGCAGCUGACUCCUCGUCUCUGAAAAGAUGAGAACAGUCAAGAACAGCUAGUCUUUUCGUCUUUUCAGAAAUGAGAUUCAUCACUAGAGCACUCACAAAAGCAGGCAUAGGCAAACUCGGCCCUCCAGAUGUUUUGGGACUACAACUCCCAUCAUCCCUAGCUAACAGGAGCAGUGGUCGGAGUGAUGGGAGUUGUAGUCCCAAAACAUCUGGAGGGCCGAGUUUGCCUAUGCCUGCACAAAAGCUUGCACAUUGUUUUUCGAUGUCGUGGUUGGCCUAGUAAAGAUAUUGCCCUAAAAGGGAUUUCAAAAUGACAUUAUUAUGCAUUUCCAGAACAUUUCCAUUCAAUAUAUAUAUAAUCCGUUUCCCAUGUCAUGCUUUCUUCUUAUUUCGCAGGUAUUGGAAAAACAAGCACUUGGCACCUAAACGGCUCAGUACAGGUAUUCUGAUGUAUACGCUGGCAUCUGCAAUUUGUGACGAAAUCCACCUAUACGGGUUCUGGCCUUUUGGAUUUAAUCCGAACAACAGGGAAGACCUUCCAUACCAUUACUAUGAUAAAAAAGGAACAAAGUUUACGACCAAGUGGCAAGAGUCCCACCAGCUCCCUGCCGAAUUCCAGCAACUCUUUCGAAUUCACGGCGAAGGUCUAGCAAAGCUGACGUUGUCCCAGUGUGCCUAAGGAUUUAACACUUGAAGUGCCAAAUGAUUGUCGUUGUUUUUUAAGUAAAAAAAAAAAAGUGCCCAAAAUGAAUUCACCGUUUUUUUCAAAACAGAAUUCUAAAUGGAGGGGAAAAAAAGAAUUUAUGGGCAGGGAUUUCCUUUGAUUCAGAGAUGCUCUGAAAGCACCCUUUUAUUGCCAUCUUUUCAAGCAUUGGAGGGUGUCUUUAGCAUAUUUAGCAAUGCAGAAGGAUUUAUUCUAUUUGUGCAGUAGGAAAGUCAAAGCUGUUUACAGCAGAAAGUUUUGCAUUUCUGGUUAUGCUGCCAAGAUGGCUCUCUUUAAAGUAUUUUCAUAGUCACGUAUUUUUCACAUUCCGCAAAAUGUCUCAAAACGUUGAAUGUUAAAUCACCUGUGUUUGCUUAUUAAGAUUCUUGGCUUGUUUUCUUGGCUAACUUGCACAACUCCUCUUAGUAGCUGAAAAACAGUUUGAGGACCGCUCCUGAAUGUUCUGACCGAAUGACCAUUUGCACCAGUAUUAACUCCUUUAAGGUCAAUGGGAAUAUAUCACUGUAAGUGGCCAUUGUAUUAUUCCAAAGAUCUUUCAUUAGCAUAACAAGCCCAAUGGGGAGUGAAAUAUACUUUCCAUGCAGGCAUGCAGAGAUGGUCCAUUGGAUACCCAAGGGAUGCAUUUGGCCCUUGUCACAAUCUUUUGUGGACUCCUAUUUCCAUCCCAACCACUAUGGCUAGGUAGAGAAGAUCUGGACAGGGCCAGGCAGCCUCUGACUUAACCUGUGCCACUCCCAGUGUGCUUCUCAAGAGAGAGACUUAGCAAAUGCCCUUUGUAAAGAAAGAGUAUGCCACCAGAAGUCUCUGUGGCAAUACAGAAACUUCUGUAGCACCCAGUCAUAUCUCAAAGGGCAUCUGUGAAAGCAAGAAUUGCCACAUCCCGUCCUAGGCCAAUUCAACCAAGGGGGCUUCCGAACCAACCUACCAAGGAGGUCGCAGCCUCUCCUCAGCCAAAGGGCGCAGGCAUGACACCAUAGGAGUUCGUUCAUCAAAGAACCCGGUCUGGGACAGUCUGGCCCCUGAGGCUGAAGAUAUUGGCCGUAACUGCUCUACAGUUUCGAAUAGACCACGAACGCAAUGCUAAAAUGCUAGGCUGUGUUGAGACUAGUUAGAAAAGCUACAGACAAGUUUGAGCAAUAGUUUCUGAUGAGUUUGAAGUUCUUGGAUCAGGGAUGAGAAAGCUCUGUUGCUAUCAACAUGGUGCCCUGCCAUGUCCCAUCCUGGUCUUCACAGGGGGGGGCAGGACAGUGGCAACACCUCACCUCGUGUCCCAGAGUGUCCCCAUCCCUGCUGUAAAUUGAGAGGAUUCAUGAGAGUUCCAGACUAAGGUCUCCAUCUCUCCUCGUCUAAUAUCACCCAAGUAUUUGUUCUGACAUGGCUAAUGGAGGAAUGCCAUUGUUUUCACACCAGGGCUGGGAAUGUUGGUUUUUUAUUUCCCUCUAGAAAUCUACUUCACUUCUAAACUUCACUGUUGCUAUAAUGCACUGCUUUCCAGGAGUUUAAACCCCAAGCUACAUCAUGGUGUGGGUGGGUGUGUAUGUGUGUGUGUGUGUGUGUGGGUGGGUGUGUAUUGUUGGGAGUUUGAGGGUCUUCCCUAACUAUACAUUUUUGGCAUUGUCCCUUAGGGUCGAAUCAGUUACUUAACUUUCUGUUGUUUACAGUUGGUAGUUAUGUCAACCUGGAGAAGUUUCAACUCUCUUUGACUGCCUCUUUGCGAAGACAUUACUCCCCGGAUUUUGCAGUGUUGAAAAUUCCUUAGCUAGACUCAUUUAUUAAACAGUUUUAAAAUACCUUUUAAAAAACUCUCCCAGUUUAGUCAAGCAGCAAGGGUGGUUUUUUUGUCUGUUUUUAAAACAAACUUUAACACAAGCAUUAAAAGUACCGUCAUAAAACAGGCACACGCACCCCCUCUCAUGCAAGAGAUAAUUCCUCUUUUAAAAGAGAAAAACAUACAACAACAGCAAAAACGAUGAUUUUGCUUCAAAAUUAUUUUGCCCAUCUGAAGAUUUUUGCAGAUUUAAAGCAAUAGAUUGAUCAGAGUAGUCAACUAAAAUAUGUAUGAUUAAUCAAGCAUGGGUCUUCUGGGGGGUGGAAUGGGAUGGACCAUCUUUCAAGUCCUUCCACUUUCCAAAAUUUAAGUCUCAGAAACAAUUAAACUUGCAACGUAUACCAUAAUCCUGCAGAACUUGCUUUUUCAAAAGGAAAUAAAUAAAUAGUGAUUUCAGCUUCGUUGAGUGUGCCAUGAGCUUUGCUAAAGACUUCAAAGGAUCUGCUCUUUAAGGUCCUCUACUGAAAUAACAGCCCAUUGACAUUAAUGGUCUAUCACUGGAGCACCUUGGGGAUCAAAGCUAUUCAGCCUAUAUUUCAAUAUAAUCUUGAUUGUUUGUUUUAACCUCAAGCUUUGAUAUUAUUGAUGUAUGGUUCAAAAGCUUCAUUGGUGUUAGCUGAGCUGGUUCAGAUGGCCGUAUCCUGUCCUUAAACACAUGCUUCUUCUCUUCCCCUCCACAAAAAAUGUAUAGGAACUGAUUUGCACUUCCAUUAUUCCACCAUGAUAUUCCACUGAAGAAGACCCUGCACUUAACAUAUGUUUCCCAGUGAUAUCAUUGACAUCAAUAACCGUUUGCCAUUGUGUGCUGUAUUGGAGGCAGAUAGUGGAAGAACAGUGCGACAAAAAGUAGUAGCCUGAUCCUGUAUUUGAUACAUGUGUACUUGGGGAGAAGCAGAUAGGAGUUAUUAAAUGUGGGAAAUGAAACGGAAGCCUCCUGACUUGCCAUUUUUGCAGAUGGGACCCUGAGGAUAGUAAGCUCCUAAAGAGAGCCUAUCUCAUUGUGUUAGUUACCCUAGAUUGCUGAGGUUUUUGUUUUGUUUUGUUUUGUUUUGUUAUGGUUUUUUAAUACAUGUUAAUGUAAGAUAACAUGUAGUGGUCCAGGCAUUUGGGGACUUCCAAGCUAAGUCCUAUAUUAAGAACUUGAUCAGAAGCCAGCCUGAUUAUUCUAUUUGAAUUAUAAUUGUCAUCCUUGACGACAAUUCAGGGAAGGCAUUCAUUGAACGUUUGAACAGCACUGAUCUCUAAUUAUUGAUAUGUUGUUGCAUUAAUAGGGACAUAGUAAUAGUGUUUGUGUUACCCACAGACUAAUGUGCUUUGUGAGUAUCUCUCUCUCUCUCUUUUCUCAAUUUCUAGUUGAUGACGGUAAGAAAUUGCACUGACCACUUAUGUGCUCCUUAUUGUAUAGCUACUGUUGUUACCAAGUCACAAAGUUGGCCAUCAAUCCAGCUAAGAUGAAUUGCUGGGUAUAAUGGCCUGCAGUCUUUGAACCUCUUUAACAAGAGCAAUCCAUUGACCGCAGUAGAAAUCCACCCAAGAAAACAUUGUGCAGGUUAACACUUAUGGCUCUGUAAAAAGAGAGGAGAGAAAGAGAUCCAAGAAAGAAAACAAAUUAUUCAGACAUUAGUAAUUGGAAUUCAGAAAGGUAUUGACAACGAAAGGGUCAUAUCAUAGUCAUUGAUUUUCAUGUGGAAUUCACCAUUGAUAUUUCAUAACCUCAUUGAAUAUUUCAGAGCCAUAGAUUCCAUCAGGGAGUCCAACUUCAAAAUCAACAGCUCAAUAUCAUCCAAAGCAAAUUACUUUUUUUGACGUAUCAAUACACUUGGUUUCAGGGCAGAAGUCUCUCCUUAAAGCUAAGUGUAUGAUUCACGACCAUGUAUUUCCUAUAUGCUGCUUUAAUCCUGCUUUUGAAAACUGGUGUGAUCCUACAGUUGUUGGCCAAAACUGUAAAUAGCUUUUAUUUUUCUGCUUGCAUCAGUUGAAAGGACUUCCACUGUGUUUGUCCAUUACCGAGCCCAAGAGUUCAACAAUCGUAUAAAUGCUUGAGUACCAUCAGUCCUGAAAUGGUAUGUAACGCUCAUGCAACAUAGAUUUUUAAAUGAGUUGUGAAUUCUAGGGUGACACAACUCCUUGAGUAGCAUGGCUUCUAGAGUAGCGUGGGUCCUUGACUAAGAGAUUCAAGAGAUAGAUAGACGCAGCAGAAAUGUAAAUAUAGGGCAGGACUUAAAUAAGAUGUCUAUCAAAACAAACAAACAUUAAUCCAAUUAUUCUAGGACCUCUUUUCACCACUGUACCAAGUGAUCUGUUCGGGGCAUGAGUGUUCUGGUAUGUGCACACAGCUUUCCCACCUGGAAGGUUAGGCAAUUCAUUUUAGUGGAAGGAACCAGCUAAGCCGUGUAGCUUGGCUCCCUUCAUUGAAAUUAAUGGCGGGGCACAUUCCAUGUGCACAAGAGGUCCAUGUGUGCAUCUUGGCAGACAGUAGACGUUUAGACUGGGGUGCUUGACAUCUUUGCUGUUCUUGACAGCAUCGUGCAUGAAGACCUACCUUGCAUUCACUGAAAUUAAAUGAGAAACUUGCACUGCCUGUGGUGGAAGGAAGCUCACAUCCAAACGUAUGUGUUCAAGAUGCAUGCGUAUUCCAUUGUCCACGUAUGUAACAUGCCUUCAUUCUCACCUGCAGAAGACCCGCAAUGGCAUCAAAGAGAUAUGCAUGUGCAAACACUCCGAAUGGCAGUCCCCAGUCCCCAUGCUGGUACAUACUGCUGUUUACAACAUGUGUUGUUAAGCUCUAGAUUUGAUUAGGCAUCGAUAGAUAGGCCUUGGUCAAAAUAAUCAAAACUACCUGUGAGGAUCUGAUGACUGGGCUGGCAAUUGAGACACACAUAUUUCAAGACUGGAAAUCCAGCUCAAAUCUAUGUACUCUGGCUCACAUGAUCGUCCAUUGUCAAUUGGUCUAUAUAAAAUAUAGAACAGGCAUGCAGAAGGGAGAUUGAGAUCUACUAGUAGAUUUCUGAGUGACUGGCAGUAGAUCAACAAAGAUUUCUGAUUCCCUAAUUUCAUGGACUUACGCGCAGGUGUGUACUUCUUAGCAUCCAUCCAUUUACAGUGGGCCUGCACAACUUUUGAUAGAGGGAACCAAAGGCAGACAGUUGUCCAAGCAUGGUCAAAGCAUAGGAGGUCCAAGGAAGAUGGAGGGGGGAAACUUGCCUGGAGCUGCACAGCCAGGGGGAGGGGGCUCCUGACAGACCAUAAUAUGGUGAGUUUGUUGAGUGCAGCCCCAAUCAGAUACCAACAAGUUGUCUACUCCCAUUUCUUUCCUUUAAGCAUCCAAAAUCUCCAAAAAGCCAAGAAUAGGAAAUCUGAAUGGAGGUUGCAAGCAGAGGACAGGAUCCUGUAAAUAAGUGUGAACUACUCUAAGGAGCUUGCUGUUCCUUGCUGAGUGGCAUCAUCUUUACACAGAAAUCGCAUUCUUCAGAAAUUCUGCCAUGGUCAUCAAAACCAACCAUUUGUUCUUAAAUAGCCAUAUUAGAAAGUCUUUAUUUUUCAGGUAGCAAAUGUACACUAGAGUCAGGAUUUAAUCUCAGGUGAAAUGGUGUGGAAAGCUGCACAAUGUUUCAAAACGUUUGGCAUGGGGGAGGAAAAAACCUGGAGGUUGUCCUAGUGAAGUCAGUGGAGAUUUCACUGGUGGGGGAACCAGUCAACAAGCAAGCGCCAUUAAAUGAAUGAAGCGUUGCCCUGAUGCACAACUUAAUUCAUUUUUGAUGGAGGAGUUGUUCCCAAUAGCUUGUGUAGAACUCGGUUCAGCUCCAGGAUAAUAAGUAUUAAAGAUGUAUGAAACAGGGCCACACCUCUGAGAUUGGAAUGUGAUCUGUACAAUGUAAUGUACAUGUAAAUAUUUCGUCUAACUUGUUCAUUGCCAGCUAGUUCAUCCAGCCAAAAUUAAGAUGUUUCAACCUUACCGGUUUCAGUGGGAGCAUCAGAAACCUCCUCUGAAAUCAAAGAGGCUGAAAGGUUGGAUCCAGUUUGGUUGGAUUGUACACCUUGGUGUGUGUAUUUUCUUUUCUUUAUUGUUUCCUUGUAGAUGAAUUCUGCAUAGUUAUUGUGAUUGAAAAUUAUUGGGGGUGGGGUGCGGGAGAUUUGCAACGAUUCCUUUUGAAUAUUUCAACAACGUUAUUGUCGGGUGUGGAUGUGCCUGCCACAUUGACUCAUGUGCCAAAACAUGAUAUUGAAUGCAUUGUUUUUAAAUAAAAUGUUUUAUUGUGCACUGGAAA